AGCUCACACUUCCGCUACUGCGUGGAAAAAAGUUGGUUGAAAUCUCGGAAAAGUUUGGGGGUUUGCAGGAACUUUACACGCUACGUUUCUGUCAAAAAGCCCAAAGUUAAUGAGCAGUUAGUAAGUCGGAGGAAGAGAGGAAUUCAAGUGGAGUUAUCGAGCACUUAUUUGAGAGCCGAAGCAUGUCGUCAGCCGUCUUGUACAACGACCAAGGAGGAGCGGAGGCUGGUGUCGAAGCGGGUCAGGAGAACACCCUGACCUCCUCCAGCUCCGGAGCUGCCUUUGGCCUCUUCAGCGCUGACUUUAAAAAGUGAGUCAGCUCCCUAUGUGUCCUCUUUACUUUCAAUGUAAUUUUUAGAAUAGUUUCAUGGAAGAGGUGAUGUGGGAAAGUUUCUGCAGCUAACUCUCAGUUUAGCUGGUAAGAGGCCAACAAGUUCCUCCAUCAUCAACAAGCCGGACUGUUAGCCACUUACUACUACACCUAAAAUGUGCAAAUUUACCCUCAUUUAGAGUAGCUUUUGAAUAACUUAUACUUUGUUCUAUCUAAAUCCCGUCUAUCAAUUAAUUUCGCUAUGUUCUGAGGGAAAAGCUGGUUUAGUCGGAUGCAGAGUGGCCUAAAGUCCAAAGUUUAAUAUUAGAUAUUCUAUUUUUUAUCUUGUUUGUCAUGAACCCAAAGAUCCUAAACUGCAAAUCUGAGUCCUUAUAUGUUUCAUUCAUUGAGGUUUGCAAAUGAAAGUAUUAAAAAGUAUAUUCCACAUUCGAAAUUUUAACAGAAAGAUCCUCAUUUUACUGUAAAUAUACACUCACCGGCCACUUUAUUAGGUACGCCUUGCCAGCCUUGGACCAGGUUGAACUACCUUUAUUCAUCAUGGCAGACUUUUAACAAGAUGUUGGAAACUUUCCUUAAGAGAUUUUUGUUCAUAUUAAAGGGAUAUUCCAGCGUAAAAUUAAGUUGGGGUCAAACACACUGUAACACUGAGUUAGACACCCCCUUGAGAGAUGAAUGUUGCCGACCGCUUGCUUCUCUCGUUAUACCAAUUUUAGUAACGACCGCAGAUAGCAAUACAGAGAGCCACACGCUCAACCAAAAGGUUACUCUAUAGCCACAAAUAUUGCUCAACUUCAUCAACAGUACAUAUAGGGUCCUAGCCACAGCACUUGCCACCAAACAUCUUUUUAACUUUGUCUAAUUUCUUUAGCAAAGAGACUAAACACAACUCACUCACUCUCUUCCAGCAGCCGCCUAUUUGUACAGAGACCUCUGGGCUAGUCCAUCGGCUGCAGCAGGGUGAUGCAGCUCAAGGAAGAACAUUUAUGAUCAUUUCUACAUGGAAAGGCAGUCAGACCGAGACUUUAAGGGAGGAGAACUACCGCGUCUGCAGUGCAAAAUGAUUAAUAUGGUGAUUAUUAAUACAAGGAAAUGAUAAAGUAAUGAUCAUAAAUGUUCUUCCUUGAGCUGCUUCAGCCCGCUGCAGCUGAUGGACUUGCUCAGAGGUCUCCGUGUUAAUUAUAUUAAUUUUACGCCGGAAUAUAUAACAUGAUAUAACAUAAUAUAACAUGAGAGCAUCACUGAGGUGCUUCAGAUUUGUCAGCUGCACAUGCAGGAUGUGAAUCUCCCGUUCUACCUCAUCCCAAAGGGGCUCUAUUGGGCUGAGAUCUGGCGACUGUGGAGGCCACUGGAGUUCUGUGGACUCACUUUCAUGUUCAAGGGACCUAUUUGAGAAGAUUUGAGCUUUGUGACAUGGUGCUUUAUCCUUCUGGAAGUAGCUCACAGAAGAUGUGUACACUGUGGUCAUGAAAGGAUGGACAUGGUCAGCAACAUUACCCAGAUAGGCUGUGGUGUUUAAAUAGUGCUCAGCUGGUACUAAGGGGCCCAGAGUGUGUCAGUAAAAUACCCCACACACACACACCAUUACACCAUGACCAUCAGCCUGAACUGUUGAUACAAGGCAGGAUGGAUCCAUACUUUCAGUUUGUUCUCACCAAAUUCUGACCCACUAUCUGAAUGUUACAGCUGAAAUCCAGACUCAUCAGAUGAGGUGAUACUUUUCCAAUCUCCUGUAGUCCAGUUUUGGUGAGCCUGUGUGAACUGUAGUCUCAGUUUGCUGGUCUUAGCUGACAGGAGUGGCCCCCAGUGUAGUCUUCUGCUGCUGUAACUCGUCUGCUUUAAGGUUGGACGUGUUGUAUUCAGAGAGGGUAUUCUGCGCACCUUGGUUGUAAUGAGUGCUUAUUUGUCUUACUGUCGCCACUCUAUCAUCUUGAACCAGUCUGCCCAUUCUCCUCUGACCUCUAACCUCUGACCUCAGCCGCUGUACUCUGGAUAUUUCCUCUUUUUCGAGCCAUUCUCUGUAAACCUUAAAGAUAAUUAUGUGUGAAAUUCCCAAAGUCCCUUAAAUCUCUUUUCUUCUUCAUUCUGGUGCUCGGUUAGACAUUCAGCAGGUCGUCUACAUGCCUAAAGGCUGCCAUGUGAUUGGCUGACUAGCUGUUUGUGUUACCAAGUUAUUGAAGAGGUGUACCUAAUAAAGUGGCCAGUGAAUGUAUAUCGGUUCCUAAUAUCGUUUAUCAGUCUCAUUAAGUACAAAUAAUCAGUAUCGGUACUGGCCCCGAAAAACCAAUAUCAGUCAACCCCAAGCAGAGGCACAGCCUGGUUUGUAUUGGUAACAUACACUCAUCUGUUUUCAUGAUCGGGUGGAUGGAUAUUGGUUUUUGAGGAUCAAUACUGAUACCAAUUAUUGGUAGUUAAUCGGCCUGAUAACUGAUAUUCAUUAACAAUAAAAUUAGAAAUUUUCUGUAAACGUUAAAUUUAGAAUAUGACGAACUCCAACAUAAAACUUUCUUUAAAUGCAAAUAAUACACCAAAACAGAAACUUUCAGCAUCUUCUACAGGAGUAAACAGAGUUAACAAGUAACCAGUCACAUUCACAGUACACUUACCUCACACAGUCAUGUGAUAUCUGGCCAAUAAGAUGGUGUUGCGUGUGAGGCACAUGAGGUGAGUGGAUGGUGAAAACCUGCCCAGAGGGAGAGACACACCAAAAGUGAAGUCACUUUUAAUUUAGUUUAUUUAGUGGGUAAACAACCUCUGAGAAAACUAGAAAUUAGAUCAUUCAGGAAAAAUCUUCCUGUCGUGUUUUUGUAGGUGGCUUGUGUUAUUUCCUGCUUGAGGUUUGUGGCGUUGCCUUCAAAUGUACCUGUUUUGUGUAGCUGCAAACCUCCUGUUUUAUCUGCUUUUCCAAGCAUCUCUCUGUGUUUUAUUACCAUGCUCUGGUUUGAAUAGAAAAGAAAACUCUGAGCUGUAUUGAAAUGUACAAAAUGACCUUUUUUGAACCUAACACACUCAAUAAGUCCCGUCCUGACAACAAUCAGAGACACUGUCUUCUCUUGCCUGUUACAUUAGCCUGUGAAAACUGUAUUUACUUCACCUUGUAGGUCACUGAAACUACAUGUCAGAAGGUUUUGGUCCUAUUUUGAGGCUCAUCUUCAAACUUGCCACAAGAGGGCAGCAAACCAUAAGAUCCUGCAGAAUCAGUGUUUAUGCAGCUUAUCUGACUCUGGUUUCACACUGUGGGGUUACACACAUCAUACCAGCUCCACAUGGAUCUCAGAUAAUGACGUAUCACAUUAUAGCAGCUCGGCUGGUUUUCACUUCUCAGUUCUGCCUCAUGUACAUUAAUCCUUACAGUAAAUGCUCUCUAAAUGAAUUAUUCCAUAAUCUGAGGUCGCUCUGCAGCCUCUCACUGUGUUUGGUUAUUCUCUGCAGCCUCUAUUAUGACUUUAUUUGACUUAAAUGUUGCUCCCUUUGCUAAAGUGACCCUGUAAUCUGUCUCACAUGACCAUCUACCCUGUAAGACGCGGCGAGAUUAUGAUUAUGUCUGAUUACCUCAGUGGGCUGACGUCCAGAGAGAAAAUAAAGCUGCAUGAAUGAUGCUUCUGUGUGUCUGUCUGACACAAUCCACAAAACAGGAGCCUGUGCAUCCUGAGCUGAACCAACACAAGUAUCUCAUAUUAUUGUCCCCCUCUGUAUGUAUGUGUCUAUAUUUUUGUGAUAUUUAAAGUUUGAGGAGAGACAGGAUCUGCUCCUGAUAAAUGAAGUUAUGUAUUUUGUUAUCUGAGAUCCAGAAACAUUCCUGCUGUGUAUUUCAGUCCUCUAACAGUCUUCUCCUCUGUGACUGAAAGCUCUGUGCCAGGCAUGGAGACAUGUGACUAAUUUGUUAUCUGUGACUGAGGAGGUAUUUCACAGCGGCCGAGCUCUUCACUUGUAUGGAUUUGUGGUUUGAUUUGAGCUGCGUGAAAGUUCGGAUUUUCAGACAGCAGUCAGCGGUUUGUUUUAUGUUGACCUAUUUGUUAAGACACCGUUUUUUUUAUCUCGAUGGAGAAAACAAUCAUAUUUUAAACCAGUGUUGUAAAGUUGAAAUAAAGACUUUCAUUCAGUGUUGAAAAUGCAGGGAAAGUUUGCAGCGCUGUUGGCUACAGGCUUGUUAAGAAGUUUGGAAUUAGUGGCUGAUACUGAUACUGAUGCUAAUACCAAUAAUGAUACCAAUAAUUAGAAAUGGGCCGACCAAUGGCAUUUUGAAAUAAUUGGCUGAUAUCUGGGCUCAUGUGGCUGAUUAAAAAUAUGAACAGACACAGCAGGAAGCCUCAUCAUUCUAGCAGCUGUUCAAAUCAUAUGUUAAAUGACGGCAGAUUAAAUCUAACAGUUACUGAAAAUUCAUUGAGAUAUAAGCUGUUGUGAUUUAUAGAAUAACAUAAAAUAAUAAUUAUUUGCCUCUGGUGUCUACUAACCUCAAUGUGAUAUACAGUAUAUCUAUCACAUAGUUCAGAAAUUGGUCGAAAACCAUCUGUAACAUAUUUGUGGUGAAGAUAAUCUUCUAUGUUAGAUUGUAAUGUGCAUAGAUUUAUGGCUGUUAUUGUAUUUGAAUUGAUAUAUCUUAAAAUACAUAAAAGCAACAGUGUGAUAUCGGCAUUAUAUCUUAGUAAUCAGCUGUCCUGCCUUCAAAUAUCGGCUUUGGUAUCAGCAGUUGGAAAUCCCAUAUUGGUCAACCAUUACUGAUAAUGAGAGAACAGGUCGGCCAUGCACAUUUAAUUUUAAUUCACAUGGUCAUCUUAGCCAGUACCAGAGAUCAAUCGAUUGAAGGCAACUUUAACUAAUCUGCAUCAUAUCAGCCAAUAUCAGCAUCUUUCCGGAUUGAAAACACAUUUUACAUCCCCAGUCACAGCAUAUCAAAUCUAAAACAGCCACUGACAUCUAGUUUACUGUGAGUCUGUCAUAAUAUGAAGAAUAAAGCAGUUUAAUGCUGCUUAAGUCCAUUUUGGUGAUAUUUUACAGAGCCAGUUAUUUUUCCAUUGACAUGCAUUCGAUAAAAUGAUCGAUCAAGUUUGCUACUCAUCUGUAAGUGAAAUUAAAUUGACUUAUUUUGUUGACUGCUCAAAGAAAAAGAAAAUCAACAAUAAUGUGAUAUCGGCAUGAAGUAUCAGCCGUCUGCAAACCUGCUGUCUCUCAAGAUCAGUAUCGGCAUCAGCCUGUAAAUAACUGAUAUUGACUGAUUCAGAUUCGAUUUUCUGUCAUAGAUAGUGACUGUGAAUUCUCACAGGUGAUGUGUAGAAGCUGAGUGAGAAAACAUUAGGGCUGUCCUGAUACAAAUUUUUACUUCCGAUAUGAUAUCGUAGCCUUCAGUAAUGGGCAAUACUGAUAUUGAGCCGAUAUUGGCACAAGCUUGUGCAUGACAAGUUUUGCACUCAGUUGUCUUUUUCGGGCUUUAACGAAAAAAACUGCCAUAUGGCCGACAUUACUCCUACUCUUUGCUACUUUGUUAGCGAUUUUGUGGGUUCAGCUUGCUGGAUCUGGGUGUUUCCCGAUAGAGGUGCAGGACUGGAGUCUGGAAUGAAAUGCUUGUAUCGGAGUGCAGAUAUCGGAGAUUUUAGAUGCAGGACGAUAUAGUGCGAUAUUUGUUUAUUUGCUUAUAUUAGAGCAAUGUCUGAUCGUGACAUCCAAUAUUGGAUCGUGACAUCCCUAGAAAACAUUGGUUGCAAAGAUUGAAGUAUUAUAUUUUAUGUUUCUUACAAAACAAACCAAGUUAGUGUUGAUCAGAUCUAGAAAACACAAUAGUUAUUCAAAAAAAUGAACAAAUUACUCAUAAUGUCAAAGGUGAUUGGAAGUCGUAUCCUCCUGCCAAAAGCACACAGUCCACCCUGUUAAUCCCUUUGAAACUUUCACAUCUGAAAAGCUAUUUCCUGACAUUGAGCUGGGCUCUGUUAUCUGUGAUGUGGGUCUGUCCUGUUGGCCAAACUUAGCAGCAUAUUUGCUCUCAGCUCAGUCAAGCUUAAGUGGAUUAUUGUGCAGUCACAGAGGAGGUGAUGAAAAGUAGCGCAGUGUUUACCCACCAGUGUUGAUAAGGCCCUCCUUUUCCCCAGAGGGAAGUGACCACAGUCACACAGAAACAGAGUCUUGUACACAGUCAGGAGGCAGGUGAGGUGGCGACUGAGUUUCCAAGGUUAAAGCUGAACUUCGGAGAAGAAAAGAGGGACAACUUCACCAGAGAUGGAUGACAGAAGAAGUGAGCGUGCUCUGCCCUCAAGCAUGAGUAUGACUUGUUGUUAGAGAGCUGACGGGGCAUCUUGUGACUUUUUUUUUUUUUUUGCUCAAGAGAAGAGGAAGGGAGAAGUGAAUGACAGGCACAAAGCCAGCGGAGCGUGCGCUGUUUCCCACUCUCUCCACAUCUGACGGUUAUGAACGAAAGCGAGACGGGAAGACAACUGUAAAUAAAGCCGAGAGACACACAGCCUGAAGGAAAGUAAUUACUGCAGCUUCGCUCCACUCCAGAGUUACUUCAAAUACAGACAGUUUGGUUUGUGGACUCUCCAGACAGCUCAGAGGGGGGGAGUGCUUUUUGAUUGGACAGCUGUGGAGGACAGGAGGUAUGGAUGCUGGUUUGGCUUCUCUGCGCUCGGACGCGGUGGGAGCCAUGAGGACGGCGCUGGUGUCUGCUGAGAACUUACAACUCAGUCUGAGGACCGGGCUCAGUCAGGAAGAACAGGCCCUCACACAAACUAAAAAUAACCCCAAGGAGACAAACAAAACAGGGUACUGGACUCUAGUAAGAUCACUUCCAGCACUCUGAUUGAUGGCUGCAUAUGAAGACACCAGAAAACAGAGUUUCCUUUCACCCCAGACAGAAGUAUAUUAUUGUUUCUACACUGUGCUGCAGAGUCACACUGUUGUAAAACAUAAUGUGGUUGGACUUUGUCUGGCUGACAUAUGCAAGUGCCUCCCUAAAAAAGAGAAAGUGUUGUCUGGAUGGCAGCAUAUGUUGCUGCAGUAUUUGUCUAUAUUGUUCAGCUUUAAUGGUGCUUUACCAGUUGUGUAAGAUACCAAAGUCAUGGGCGCUUAUGAUCCCCAUCAGGGAUACUGGAUUUGAGCUGUGUGCUCUUAACAAGGUUUGUGCUCCCUGUGGUUCCUUCAUAGAGGAUGUGCUGCUCAUUGGAGUCCACAUUUGGAGUCCUCAGACCACAGACCAGUUUUCCAGCUCGACUUAGUCCAUUUUAAAUCAGCUCCAGCCCAGAGGGGUUUCUAGCGGUUCUCGAUUAUGUCAUUGUAUCAUUCUUCUAUCUCUUCUUCUACUUCUUUUUUCUCUUCUUCUUCUACUCCUUCUUCUUCUUCUUCUUCUCUCUUUUCUCUUCUUCUUCUUCUCCUACUCCUUUUUCUUCUUUCUCUACUUUUUUCCUCCUUUUUCUUUUUCUUUGUUUCCCCCUACUCCUUCUUUUCUUCCUUUUCUUCUUCUUCUUCUACUCCUUCUCUCUUCUUCUUCUCUCUUUUCUCUUCUUUUUUUUCUCUUUUCUCUUCGUCUUCUACUACUCCUUUUUCUUCUUUCUAUACCUCUUUUACUCUUUUUUUUUGUUUCCUCCUACUUUUUCUAUCUUUUCUUCUUCUUCUUCAACUCCUUCUCAUCCUUCUUUGUCUCUUUCUACUCCCUCUUCUUUUCCUUCUUUUCCUUUUUUCUUCUUGUACUCCUUCUCUAUUCUAGUUCUUCUUCUACUCCUUUUUCUUCUACUUCUUUUUUUCUUCUACUUCUUCUACUUCUCAUUUUCCUUUUCUUUGACUUCUUCCUUUUCUUCUUUUUCUACUCCUUCUUUUUGUUUUUCUUCUUCCUCUUCUUCCUCUACUCUUUUUUCUUUUUCUUCUUCUACUCCUUCUUUUUCUUUUGCUUCUGCUAUGUGCAGACUUCCACUACAGAGUCAUGUCUAAUUUUGAUACAGUGCUGCUUAAAAUCCUUCAGAUCCCCCUCCAGUAUUGCUUUUUUGGUCCUUGUCCCUUUGGUAAAGAGGUUUCUCCACAUUCUCUGAAUCUUUUACUGAUUUUAAGCUCCAGUUAUGAUAAAAUUCAUCAGUUUUUUUACAAUUCAAAUGUCAUUUAAGGAGCAUUUUUCGAAAAUUGUUGACCUGUCUAGUACCAGAAUGGUGCAGACAGAGUUGCAUUGGUUGUUUUCCAUUUGGACAUCACCUCUGUGUGGAGACAAACAGCUGGUGUAGCCAGAGCACAAUGACAGAGUGUGUUGGCAUUAGCCAAGGCAUGAGCAUCACCAUGCCAUGUGAGAGCAGAUUGAGUAGUGAUGGUAAACAACACACUGGCGCUGUUCUGUUUGUAUUGAUUAUCAGUGGCUCCUAUUGGCCCUCGUAUUAAACUGAACAGUUCUCUUGAUAGGAGCUGGCGUGACCCUCUCGUGAGUCUCCUGUAAUCUGUGAAGCAGACACAGAUGUUACAUACACAGAGCUUUUCACACCACCUUUGGUCAAGCGUUAACUCUUGUAACUGAUUCGUCAAGUGGUGUCAGCAGCACUCAUAAGCCCCUGUCUAACAGUAGAGGUAUCUACAGUAUUUAUCAUUUAUUACUAUUACUAUUAUUAUUUAUUAAUUAUUACUAUUAUUUAUUAUUAUUACUUGCUGUUGACCCCACUCUCUUGCCGCUCAAGGAGUUACGCUGCUACGUCACGUUUUGUUACGUUACCCGCACUACUCGCUGCGUUCGAGUUACCUCAGAAGUCAGAUGUCGUAGCUGGGAAUGACGAAUGACAAAUGUUUUUUUAGCUAUUGCUCUGCCCGAAUAUAACAAGGAAAAAGCAAGCACUAAAAAAAUUUUCAGCUCCGAAAUCUAACUUCCAAGGUAACUCGAACGCAGUUAGUUUCUAUUCCUGUUAGUUUUGUUCCUGAUGUAGCUUCGAUUUUCGUUGUUACCCACACUCUCUUGUCGCUCAAGAAGAUACGCUGUUACAUUUACGUUACGUUGCGUUAACAGUUCGCUACUCGCUAUGUAUACCACGUAUAAGCUUUAACUCUACCCUUCACAUUAAUGGAAGAAGGACCAAUAGGAUUUGAUGCGCUUGUUAAUGACUCAAAACAAGUCGAAAAUAACGUUGUGUGUUGUUGUGCUCACACAGUGCAAGUGGAAAUAAUUCACGGCGCAUUGAUAUUUAUGCUACUAAUACUAUUAAAGCUAGACCACAUAUUUCCCAAUGAUGGAAGAGGACUUGAUGUGUAUGUUGAUGACUCAAAACAGGUGAAAAUAACGUUGUGUUUUUGCACUCACACAGUGCGGUGUGCCGCGGCUGAAUGAAUGUAGGGAAAACGCUGUAUCAUUAGCAUAAUUUUAAAAUAAGUGUUUUUGAUCUUCACAGGAAUGAAGACCUUAAAGAGAUGUUGGAAAGCAACAAGGAGUCGCUCAAACUGGAGGCCAUGAAGAGGGUAGUUGGGGUGAGUGCAUCAGUGAAACACACACACACUCAUGUCAAACUGCUAACUUCAUGUUUGUGUUUUCAAUCUGCUGUUUACUUUAUAUAAGGUGAUAGAGUUUGUGGUUAACACUGUUUUUGUUUCCAGCUGAUUGCCAAAGGGAAGAACGCCUCCGAGCUGUUUCCUGCUGUCGUGAAGAACGUCGCAAGUAAAAACAUCGAGGUAUGACAUUGUGAAGAAUACGUGACUCAGACAGGACUCAUGAGUCAGUGAAUAUGAUCCCACCGCAGCAUGUGAUUAUUCUGUGACAGGACGGGGGAACUUCCUCAUACGAAACAAUGCACAGCUCAUGUGGUUUGGCUUCAGUUAAAAGCUUUUAUCUAAUUGAGUUUGAAUUCAUUCUUCUGGGCAGUUUUCAAAGUCAAACACAGUCACAAAAAUCAAAAAAUGCUGAAUUUUUUCACAUUUUUUUCUGAAGAUAAAAUUGAGGAUUUGAAUGUCCACUCCACUGACCUUGUUCACGUCUCCUUUUAACACACAUAUGAAGCUUUAAACACCUUAAAGCUCCUGUGAGAAGUUUUUUAACCUUUAUGAAAUAUAUUUAAAAUUCAUUCUAAAGCCUUUUAAGAUGCGUAAAAGCAAACAAGACCAUCAACAACAAGAUUUUUGAUGUUUAGAUAAUAAUUUCUAAUAGCUGAAACUUGUGCGAGAGCGUAGACGUCAGGGAAGCAGCUGGAUAAACAGCCCCGUUUUUACUUUAUGGACCUAAAAAUAGUCACAAUAAAUGAGAAAUCUGAUUGCUGAAAUACAGCUGGAGGACAAGAUUGACACAAACUGAGAGUUGCUCACUGGAGCUUUAAUAUAAUAAGGUACAAGUCUCUAGUCUUGUUUUAGCUGAUGUUAAAUUUGGGGUUUUGUGGGGAGUUUUGAAAUAAAACAUAAAUUUGGAUCAAUCAGGGAUACAUGAAAUUGUCGGUAUAAUAUUGUUUUGGUAGAUAAAAACUGCCGCUUACAUUUAUAGCAGAGGAGCUGUCAGACUUCUUCUUGCAUCUGUUCCAGUCGCCCCCUGCUGGCUGUUUGAAACAUUGCAAGUGUUAGACCUUCAUAUUGGCUUCACUUUUACUCCCUAAGAGCUGCUCUCUUCUUAUUAUUCGCUUUUUUCCAGCAUCCUGGAAACAUUCACCUCUCACUUUCAUCCUCCAUGCAGUAGAACAGGAUUAAUCCUGUUUUAGGCUAUCAAAGGGGCAUGUAUAUACCCUGCGUAAAUUCUGGUUAUGCGUUAACCACGACAGACUUGUGCUCACACUAUUCCAGUGGCUGACCGAGCGCUAAGCAGCAGCUCGAGAGGGGUUCCCAUGCCCAGAGCCUGUGAAUAUUGAUUAGCAGCAGCAGAAUAAUCAGGUAGCGUGAGGGGCAGCAUGUGAGCGGGGGGCCUGACGCCGGUCGCUGUGUGUGAGGCAUGCAGCCCAAGCAGCUCGUGGCGGGGUAGGGGAGCAGGUGGAUGGAGGUAAUUGGCAGCACCGAGCCCAUAGUCACGUCUCCUCUCUCCUGCCUCAGAUACACCAGCUGCUAAGGUAGCGUGAGUUUCUCUCCUGGUUUCUGCCCCCAGCUCUCCCAUGUUUCCCUCCCCGACAGCAUAUCCCACUAAAAAUGGCGGCUAUUGAUCUCCUCUAAUUAGGAACCAGAACAAGAGCAUGCAGGUUAUCGACAGCGCUGCGUGAUUUAAUAUCAGUCAGCGUUUUUUUAACUUACACCACUUUGGCUGCUUCAUGUUAUUUUAACACACACAUCAUACAUAAAAGUGUGUGUUUAGGCAUCUCUGUGAUUUUCUGUGUGCAGACGAGUUACAAGUGAAAUACAACAGUCGCAUUUAAUUCAGAGGAAGUUUCAGAACUUUUGGUUGUGCACUGAUAAGUUUAAGAUUAAAAGAGUCAUGUGCUUUGAGGACAUUAAAACAAGAGCCGAUCUGGAUAGGUUUUUUUUUCCCAACCAUAACCCUAGUUUUCAUAUUUUGGGGAUUAAUGAGGAGUUGAUACAAAGAGGUGUUUUUUUGGGGGGUAAAAUGCGACAGUUUGAAGUUUAUAGAUCUACAUGUAACCAACAUAUAAUACUCACUCAAAUUAAAAGUCAGAUUUUAUUUCAAGUCAAGUAUUUUAUUGUAGUUUUAUUUAUAAACCAAAGUAUUCGAGCUUCUUUUCCACCAAUAUUUUAUGGCAGGACAAACCCUUCAGUCUUUUUUAAGCUUUCAUUUACAUCCUCCACAACAUCAGGACUUAAACUUGUAUUUAAUUGUUAUUCAGAGCGCUGCAUUAGUUAGCUCAUUGGUGCACAUGCAAAUUUUUGAUCCCUGCAGCCUCUGUCUUGUUGUGCUCAUUCGGUCCCUUGGCUUUUCAGACACACACAGAUACAAAUAUCCGCCUCCUCCUGCUCCUCUCCUCGCUCUUCUAUCUUCUCCUCCUCCUCUCUCUUCUCUUCUCCUCCUGCAUGUCUUCUUGCUGCCGUCACACGUAUCAAUUGGUGUGAAAAGCUUUAAAAACAGACAUUUAAACCCCUAAAACAUGUUAGAAAAGGUCUCAGGUUUACUCUCACAGAAUUCCCCUUUUAAAGGACAGAUGUGUGGUGUCUCCUUUAUGGUGAGUAAUGUCGUUAAUUCCCGCAGUAAUGACCAGAAGGAUGAUUGAGAACUGUGCGGCUCUGCUGCAGGUCGAUUCUUGGAGCAUUAUAAAGUGUGGAGCUGAUUACUAAUUAAGCCUUUAGUGAUUGUACCUAAAAUCUAACAUUACCCCUGACCUCUACUCUAAAUCAUCUCUGAAAUACAUAUAUAAAGUUUUGAAGGUUGCCGCUUUAAUUCCAGAUUCAUUAUAUUUAAAUCUGCAGUCUUGGCUGUGGUGAUUGUUCUCUAAAUUUGAAAAGCUGUUGUGAAUCAGCGGAGGUGUAUCUCUUAGCUUCCAGUUAAAGCAGGACAAAUAUUAUGUCAGGCUUUCCUGUGAAAAAAAAAAAGAAAGAAGGAGAAGAAGAAGAAGUGUGGAGACUGAAACAAGAGACGAGGGGGGCGAAAAAUUUCAAAGGCUGAAGAGAUGAAGAAAUCCAUAACCUUGUUCUGAGUCUGAAACAACAGGACACCGAGUCUGCAGCCGGUGAUAUCAGAAAACUUUCUGCUCCAACUUUUUUUUUCACCCCCAGAAAUAAUAAACUUGAAUAUCCUGCAGAAAAGCUCAGCUCAGAGCAGACUCUCUCCCUGUUGUUUUAUUCAAUACUGUUCGUUUUGUUCCUGUUGUACCUGCAGCCUUUUGUCUUCUCCUGGUGGAGGUAGAAACAUGCAGCACGUCCUGUCACGUAAAAGUUCGAGAGCACAGCUGCUUUCACAGAUUGUUUUCCCCGUGUGCUGCAUUAAUCUUCCUCCACAGCUGCUUGAAUUGAUUGCUGUUUGAUGUAAUUGUCCUUUGCAGCUUAAGAAGCUGGUGUAUGUGUACCUGGUGAGGUACGCAGAGGAGCAGCAGGACUUAGCUUUGCUGUCCAUCAGCACCUUCCAGCGGGCCUUAAAGGUAACAUUUCUUCCUCUUUCCUUCAUUUUGACUUCACAGUAAUCUGAAUUUGUGAAAUCAUCGCUUCAGACUGCUACAAAAAGUGUUUUCCUUGUAUCUCUGCCACAGGACCCGAAUCAGUUCAUCAGGGCCAGCGCACUCAGAGUUUUGUCCAGCAUUCGGGUCCCUAUAAUCGUCCCCAUCAUGAUGUUGGCCAUCAAAGAGGCAGCAGCUGACCUGUCCCCGUAUGUCAGGAAGACAUCGGCCCACGCUAUCCAGAAGCUCUACAGGUACAAGUCAUGUUUUUGGCAUAAAGCGGUCACCUUUCUCUUCUUUUUCCUUAUUAUCCUUAAAAGGCUGGUGUGGUUUAAAUAGCAGAUCAGUCUUACAGUGAACUUGGCAACAGUGAAGAAGGCUUCUUGAGAGCUAGCCAAUGAGUAGGAAGUGGGUCUUAAACACCACUCUUUGAAGUGCUUUAUUUGAGAAAAAUAGAAACUGAGUUAAAAUAGGGCUUGGCGAUAGACCGAAAAUUUACCAAUACCGGAAUUUACGACAAUAAUCAACGUCAUUUUUGCCCAUAUCGGUAUAUUCAGUGUCAAAAAAUGAAUAAAUAAAAGUUGGUUUUGGAUGUGUGUAGGUAGGCUUUGGUCUCAUGUCCCUUUAAGACGUUGACCUACGUCAGACGUGACUCCACCCCAUCUAGUCCACAACAAAGAGGGAAAGACAGGUGAGGAGAUGGAGCACGGUUCAAAAGUCGUAGCAACUGGAGCGGCGGCUGAAGUAGACGAAGUUAAAGUGGGAGGGGGUGAGCAGCUUGUGGAGUAGUUAUCGUCCAUUUAUGGUUAUCGAGGUGAACUGCUCAAUAUAUCGUGAUGAUAAUUUAAGGCCAUAUCGCCCAGCUCUAAGUUGAAAGGAUUUGCAAACAUAUGUUAUGCUAAAUUUAAGCAAAAAGGCCGUAACAAGGAACUGGCUGAGGGCUGAGGCACCAAAGGUGGAAGACUGGUACAGUGUCAUUAUGGAGUAAAUGACCUUUUCUCUCAGAGCGCAGCGGGAAAGUUUGAAGUUGUGCGGAAAAACUGGAUCGAGUUUAUUGCAACAAUUAGACCUGAUUUUAAUUGAGGAUAGAUGAAAACAAAAUGUACCUCCUGCAGAUACCCUCAGUUCAUAGCUACAAAAUUAAAAUUAUUAUUAUUAUAUGUUUGUGUAAUUUGUUCCUCUGUUUUACAUCAAUGUCUUCUUUUUCUUUCUUUUUACUUUUGGCUAGUGCCUUGUAUUUUCAUUUUGUGUAAAAAAUGUUGGUCAUAAUUUUUAGAGAGGUGAAAAGGGAAGCGUGGGCAAAAUUUAGAUGUUACAUGUAAUGAAAUGAGAUUUAAAAAAAAAGAGACUCCAGCUUGACAUAACAAGAGUUUAUUUAGUUGAGCAUAAUGAGCAUAAUGUCCUCUUUUUGAUUAGGACAUCAUUUAAAACAUCAAAUGAUGGCAGAUAGUUCUCAAAAAGUCUGCUUACUUUUCUCUGUAUGUGUUUACACGAAGAUCAAAAAAGGAGAAAGCGAUUACCGUGCUCUUACUAUAAGGGAACUUCAGAAGAUUAAGACAGAAAAAGAAAACAUUAAAGUCAUUAUCAUUCAAAUUAUAUAUACAGAGUGUGUGUAGUGGAAGAGCUGGAUGGAAAUCUGCAGAGUUAACUGUAAAGACAGUUUAUUCAGGACUGAGUUUAAAGUGUUUGAAACCUUUGACCCCUAUAAAGUGAACUCGACUGUAUUUAGAGCAGUGAUUGGACUGACCUGACUGACCUGACUCACUGUACACUCUCACACACACACUCACAGGCACCUCUGUAUUCUGAGCACAGAGACGAGGACAUAAUCUAAUUUGUGAGUCCAUCAAGUUUUCAUGUCCUGUGAAUUAUCACCACUGUGUCUCUGUCUGUCUGUCUCCGUGUCGUCCUCAGCCUGGAUCCAGACCAGAAAGAGCAGCUGAUCGAGGUGAUCGAGAAACUCUUAAAGGACAAGAGCACGGUGAGUACAGCACCGAGCAUGCUAAAACAUUCACACCACUGGAGGGCGCCCCAGUCAAGCAAUUCCCCCCUCUGCUCUCCAUCCCACAGCUCAUUCGGCAAUGCCACGGUUUGUUAACACCCACUUAAACCCACACAUCUUCAGAUGCUCCUUGUUAAGUGUCCAUUUGGAGGGAAUUUUCGCACUGAUGCUAGUGUCAGCCUAAUUUUCUCAAAGGCCAACUUCUCCUCUUUUUUUUCCCUUUAAAAUGGACCGUAAAUGAGUUGGACUCUCAAACUCUGUGUUUAGACCAGGAACAGACACAAACGCAGGCAGUGCAUUAGAAGUCAGCAGGCAGCGCAUUAAUUUGAAGAGGUCACACUGAAUACUAAAGGGGCUUAAAUGGCAAUUUCAAAUAUUUAGACGUUGGCCGCAGAAUGCAGAGUGUGUUGUGUUUGUAUGUGCGUGCCUAGUCGUGUGAUUAUGUAUUCAUAGCAUUUACCUUUUUGUUAUACAAACAAAACAAAGCGGCUAAGGCCAAGAGGGGGAUGGAAAGCCCAGGACCAGAUGCAUAGCAUAUUUAGCCCCGGACGCUAACGAAGACAGAUGACUUCUCCCCCAUUUGGAGCUCACAUAGUGAGGCUGGGGACGGAGGGAGAGGGCACUAUCAUCACACAGAUACACAAGCACUAUCAGCGGCUGAUGAAUGGUGGAAAGCCCGAACACAGCGGACACUUAGCAGCAGCCCAGCCAUGCAUUUUGAUGUACCAUGAUGGCACAGUGAAGCAUUUAGGAGUCGGAGAAUGAUGGCUGCUCUUCUUGUUAUUUUAUCAUCAUGGCGGUAUUCCUGCAGUGAGGAGGUGUGAUAGUUGUGUAAGUGCCGUCAGAGGCUCUCAGUGUGUCACUGAGUAUGAACUAAUGGUCCAAUGCAAAGGGGGGCUUCUCAGACUUCACACAUAAUGCUCAAUUUAGGAGUCACCAUGAAGAUAAGAGUUUUAUUUUAGCUUAAAGCUCCAGUGGGGAACUUUCACUUUGUCGACAUCACACCCCCUGUACACAGGACAGGCUUUUCUCAUCUCGUUUCUGUUUGUCUUCGUUUAAAAAAAGGAAUUUUUCUGACCUUUUACAGUCAAAUGUGUCAUUUAUCCUGCAUAUUUUAGUGAAAGUCAUGAAAUCUACUGACACCUAGGGCUGGCCGAUAUGGCCUCAAAUCAAUAUCACGAUAUAUUGAGCAGUUCACCUCAAUAACGAUAAAUGGACAAUAACUACUUCACAAGCUGCUCACCCCCUCCCACAUCAACUUUGUCUUAAAGGGACAUGAGACCAAAGCCUACCUACACACAUCUAAAACCAACUUCUACUUAUUUAUUUAUUUGACACCAACUAUACCAAUAUGGGCUAAAUGACGUUGGUUAUUGUCGUACUUUUCAGUAUCGGUAAAUUUUUGGUUUUUCGCCCAGCCCUACUGACACCUACCCCCCAGCACCAUUUUCAGCCUUUACAAAUGAUGAUAUAAAAAUCUUCAGUCUUGUCGCUAAUGAAGGUUCACAUUUGUAACUAAAAUCUAUGAGAGAAGUCAAGUUUGAAUCAGGGCUUCAAAAUAAAAGCAUAGAUUGGCAAUGUGAGACAGGAAAAAUAUCAAAAUAAAAGCAUAAUAAAUGGUUGUUUAAUGUGGGGCUGUCUCGAUACAAUAUUGAUAUCACAUAUUGGUCCGAUAUCAGCCAAAAAACAAAUAUCUGAUUAUAUUGGCCUGCAUCUAAAAUCUCCGAUAUCAGCACUCUGGUAAAAGCAGUCCAUUCCAGACUCCACUCCGACACCUCUAGCUAGCAGCGCCUAGAUCCAGCAUGUAGAGGCCACGUGAUCACAACAACAGUGUGUACAGUUGUUGUUAGUAAGAGUGAUGUUGGCCGGGUGGCAGUAUUUCUCAUUUCAAGUCUGAAAAAGACAUUGCAGCUAAGUGCAAAACUUGACAUGCACAAGUUUGUGCCAAUAUCUGAUUAAUAUCGGUAUCGGCCGAUACUGAAGGCUACAAUAUCGGUAUCUUAUAGGAAGUAAAAAAUGUUGUAUCGGGACACCCCUAGUUUUAUGGCUCUCUAUUCGAGAGAGACGAUGACAUUUAAGGUAACUUUACUUCUUAGUUAGGUUUAUGAUUAAAACAGUGAAACUUUUAGUGAAUAUGCUCAUCAGAUAUGUUUAGAUUUUAAUGCUGUUACAGUCAUAGCGGCUAUAAACUGACACCGUCGUGAUAUCAGGAAAUGAAGUGAAAAUCAAAAGAUUCAUGGAGGCAGAGAGGAUUUGUUCUCACUUGUUGUGGAUAAUUCUGAAAAUGAACGUCGAAUUCCUCAAACUCAGCCUGUUGGAGGAAUGCAUGUCUUACUUUGUGUCAUGUGGGAACAGUUUCAUAGAGAGUCUGUCUUCUUGUUAUUGUCUUAUAAUAAAAACAAAACAUGCUUUCAGUCGAGGUUCUUGGCUCAUCAUCUUGUCUUCAUCUCCUGCGUUUGAACCUGUCAAUGUCGUAGCUUUCUGUAAAAGCUCCAUCGUCUCUGCGUCUUCCCCCAUUCUCCUCCAUCUUUAGGUUUUUCUCUUCCUGACGUUAUUGAACCAGUUUAACUCAGAUUCAUUUGGCUAAACGCUCUUUAGCUGAUGUCAGUGAGCCGCGAGAAGAAGGAAACAUUUGCUUAUUGUUCCAGGCUGUGUGGGUGUCCAGGCCGCUCUUGACGUUUACCUUUACAGAUGUACCUGUUUGGUUAAACGGCUGUGACACACAGAGGGAUGGUGGGUGGGGAGGGGGGGGUUUAAGGGCAGGGGGGCUCCUGAUAGGAGAGAUGGUUUAAGGAGAAAAUGGGAAGGCCUGAUGACAGAGACAACAUACGAGUUUGUGCAGCUGUUUUACCGUGAUGGAUCUAUUAUCCAGCCAUUACAAGAUAAAUGAUCGAUCCCUCCCAUCCUCCCUCCCCGGUGCACCUUCUGCAAAAUUGAAAUGAGAGCGGAAAGGCGGGGCAGGGGGAGGAGAGAAAGGAGGAGGAGGGGGGCGCUAUGAUUAGGGGCGAGGUGAGAUGCCCAUUAAUUUAAGAGAAAAAGGAGGGAGGAGGAAAGAGGAGCAAGGGAAGGGAGGAUAGGCCGACCCCACACCAGGCCAUCAAUCAAAAAGGCGCACGUUGUCUCUGGCGUGAUGACCCAGCACUCUCUGCCUCUCUGGCACCCUAAUUAGAAUUCAUAGCAAAAUAGAUGCAAGGAAACGGUUUGGGCCCUUCAUAAUUUUAUAGGAAAUUUAUUGUUAUUAGAAGAACCAUUUGCUUAGUGUGAUUUUUCCAUUACCGGCUUGUCACGCAGGGUAGAUAAUAUGGUCGAGGAGGGGGAGGGGAGGGGUAUGAACUCCAUAGAUUGGGGUGUCAGUUUUGUUGAUGGUGCAUGUAGUUUACCUUGGAGCGUGUGUCUAAUGGGGGAAGUUGGGGGAGAAUGCACAAAGCCAUGCUAAGAGGAUACCGAGCUGCCUGUAAUAGCCUUGGAGACAGGAGAGGCUGAUGGGGUGUGUGUGUGUGUGUGUGUGUGUGUGUGUGUGUUGUGUGCAAAAAUACACAUCAAUAAAAACUGCAAGUAUCCAAUACUGUAUGUUCUUACUGACCUCUGUGAGCAGCUUUAUCCAUACUGUAAUGUGUCGCCAAAUCUGUUUGAAGAGUUUUCAUGAAAGCGUCUUUGUUGUUGGUUAUUGUAAAACUUCAGUUAAUAAAGAUGAAACCCUCAAUCUAGGGCUGCACGAUUUUGGCCAAAAAAAAAAUCAAUUUUUGUUUCUCUGAAAACUCGAUUUUCGAUUUUGAUUUUUUUUUCAGUGACAACUUCACCAAACUUCACUUGAAAAAUAAAAAGUUUUUCUAUCAUCUCUCAAAACGAAACCACUGAAAACGAUGUAGUGCAUAUGCCAAGCCAGUAAGUGGGGCUGUAAUGCUGCACGGGAAAUGCAAAAAAGACAGAAGAAGAGUACAGAGCAUGUGUAUAAAGGUUUUUCUGGCCGGACACGCACAGGCGCCAUAAAAGAGUUACGCUGUGUGUCACAUGUCGCAAUUAUUUAUUAACAUUUGGCAUAUUGAAAAAAUAAAAUAAAAAAUCGAGGAUUGUUAGGGUGAUUUUCUUUAGCCACUCAUGUCAGCCUUUAGGGUUGUGGAGCUGUGUCACUCAAAUACCUUGGAUUCUUUGGUGCUAGAUUUCUGGAGCCAUGGGCCUCCGAUAACUAUCCCCAACAAGGACCUUGUAUGCCUGUUUAACAUCACUCAGGCUCCCAAAAUAUAUUGUGCUUUUUUGUUACCCUACAUGGACUCUCCUUCAGGUCAACAAGAUGCAAGCGGAAUGUUUGGAAACCUGGAUGGGUAUAUAUACACUUUAACAGUCUCAGACCAAUUUUUGUUACACUUGUUGCAUGAUGAAGCCGUAACCCAGAUCUGCAACCAGUAAAGCUUGUCAAAAUGAUAAUUCAUGUGGACCUUCCAUUCUUUAAAGUAUGAACAUGGGCGAGGCAUCCUCACGGUUCUUGACGGGAAAAGCGCUCUGUGUGUGGUCCACUUAUGUCUUCUGAUCAUGUGGGAAUGAGGAUUUCAUGCACUUACUGUUCCAAACAUAUUCAGUUUGGUCAGAAAUUUUCGUCCCGUACCGAAACGGUUCAGUAUGAACCAUUUGUGUAGACCCAAAGUCCUCUCCAAAAAACUCUCUAGCUCCUGAGUCCCACACCUCUCUGGAAAGCCAUGGAAGUGAUUUGUGUUUGCUCAAUCCUUCUCAAAAUCAUCAUUUCACUCUAAAUUUCCUAACCUCAAUAAAGACAUCCUUCAUUCCUGAGGAGAUGGUCUUGUUCCCCUAUCAGCAUUGUCAUGUGGAUGUCUGCUGGAUCCACCAAACUGGCAUCACAAGUAAAUACCUCAGGUGGGUCUACCUGUUCCUCCAGUUUGAUAUAAAAUCUACUUCUUCAACCCUCCUGUAAAAUCUGUUCAUAAAGUCCAGAUCUGUCAGUCUGAAUCUGCGGACAGCAUCCACACACACACACACACACACACACACACACACACACACACACACACAUGUUCUCACACACAAUCAAUGCAGGCUCAUGACAAUGCUGAUGGGUAAAUGCAGCGGGUUCCCACAGGGGCCACCAGGGGCCAGAAGGCUUUAAUUGGGAAGACCAGAUUCUGCUCCCCUCCUCUUCUUCGUCUUCUUCACCCUCGCCUGCCCAUGAUAAUGCUGUUUGCAUAUUAAUACACCGCCAUGUCACUCACUCGGUCUCUCAAUCCGUCAGCGAGCCAGCAGGCAGUAGGAUUGUGGGAGAGGAGAGGAGGGGGGAGGUGAGGGGGGGCGGCAGCAUGCAAGAGCCAAAUGGGUUUUUUCCUUUUACCAAUCAAACAGGUUUGAUUAUUGGCUCCUUCAGCUGCGGCUGCCUCCUUCUUGUCCUCUUUUCCCCGUAAAUUGAAACUAAAAUGAGUUUUGUACCUGAGAAAGAAAAAUAUCAUUUACACAGAAACACUCUGAGUGAUUGAUUUUUAUCACGGGGUUCUUUAAAACGAGUCGUUUAAAAGUUAAAACUCAAACAUUUUCCUUCUAAUUAUCAGCUGAGUACAUAAGCGCUGAUCUGUGAGUGUGAUAAUCAAACUGUUGUGUUUUUUUAAGUACAAUUAUAGAGUGGUUGUAUCUGUUUAGCAGCAGUUUAUUUCCCCACAGUCUGAAAAUAACCUCUUUUAUGAGUAAAAGUGUCAGCCAGCGGAAAAUCUUUCAAACUUCAAUUAAGAGAAACACGAAGAAACGUCUUUUCCCUCAUGAAUUCGCUUCUUUCCUCUCUCUCUUUCUCCUUCACCUCUUGGUUCUUAGCUCGUAGCCGGCAGCGUGGUUAUGGCUUUCGAGGAGGUGUGCCCCGAUCGUAUUGACCUAAUCCACAAAAACUACAGGAAGCUGUGUAACCUGCUGGUGGACGUGGAGGAGUGGGGACAGGUGGUCAUCAUCUCCAUGCUGACACGCUACGCCAGGACACAGUUUACAAGCCCCUGGAAGGAGGUGAGGCGUUACUGCCCUUAUGACCAAAACCAAUAACAGAUACAGAGCAGCAACAUCUAAUAGUCUGUUAGGAGAAUCGCAGACACGUCAUGUGGAGAUACACACCAGAAAACGAGACCUGCUCAUUCCAGAUAUAAGCCAAUCGUGGUUUUAUCAGGUUAUACAGUGCUCAGCAUAAAUGAGUACGCCCUCUCAGAGUUGUCAGAAAACCUUUAGUUUACUUUCAAAAUCAACAUUUUCUAUGUCAGACUAUACAACAAAACACUCCCCCAAAUGUAGGCCAGUGAUUGCAAACAAGAUUUUUAAAGUUGCACACAAAAAAAGUAUUUUUUUCAAUUUAAAAUCAGGAUGCAAAAAUGAGUACACCCCAAUCAAAGUUCUGGGAGCAAAGCUAAAUUUUAGUUAUAGUGUCACCUUUAUUUUCAUCUAAUGGUAAAUAAAAUGUGAUGUUAAACUCAGCUUUGUCAAAACUUUGGAAAUUGUACUUUUGCUCAUCUAGAUAUUGAGUAAUACAUUACUUUUAAAAGGGGAUGUACUGACUUAUGCUGGGCACUGUCUGUGGGCUGAGACUUUAAAGCUCCUGUGAGGGACUUCUGUCAUAGUAACCAGUCAAAAAAUUACCACAGGAGCUUUAAUGUAAAUAACAGGGUAACAGGGUCUUAAAAAAUCUCAAAAUAUCUUGAAUCCAGUCAUUUAAAUGGAAGGUCUCAAAAUGUCUAAAAUUCUCUUAAAAUCUCAUAAAAUGUCUUAAAGUACUACUCCAUUGUAUUUUUUUUACUACUUAAAGUGUUCUCAGUGGUCUUUAAAUUGUAAUUAUGAAAUUAUUUGCCAAAAUCAUGUUACCUGUGUCAGUUUCAAGGGCUUUUCUUCUGCAGAGCUCCAGUAGCUCAUUAGCAAUCUCUGAGUCGUGGGCAGAGACAGCGCUGCUCUGCACACUUGUCUUUGCGUUAGCUUGUAGCCUAACAUUGCUGGUGUAGUAGAAGAAGCAGGUAACAGCUAUUCAGCUCUCAGACACUAAUGUCUUUAGGGACACGAUGAAAGCUUAUGUCAUAAUUAGCUUUCUUAUGAGUAUUGCAAACCGCUAACACACACGAUUGUUCCAUGAUUGUCUUCUUCAAGUCUGGGGCCAGAGCUUGGAUUUGUGAUGUAAGAAAUCUCACUAAAUCUGAGCCUGCUGUUUGGGUCUGCCAGAAAUUCACAGCGACUUGAAUGCAGAAAUACACAGAAAUGCAAUUCUGGUCUUAUUUUUCUCAUGAUAUGUCCUCUAGCAUCAGAAAAAUGUCAUAUGAACAUGUAGACAACAAGAAAAACAGGAUUUUCAUCGGAGUGGGUCUUUUAAAAAUGAUUUUGAAAGGUCUUUAAAAACGUAUCGAUGUUACUUACAAAUAAAGAUUUAUUUGAAAUAAUGUUAAACGUUUCGAUUUCCCUUCAUAUGGAUGUUAAUUGGGUCUUAAAUAUUCAUUACGGUCUUUGAAAAGUCUUAAAUUUGACUUGUUGAAACCUGCAGAGACCCUGAAAUUAUGUGUGUUUAUUUUUAUUUGUGAUGAGUUUUACGGUUUGUGUUUCAGGGUGCCAUGUGUGAUGAGAACAGUGACAAGGCAUUUUAUGAAUCGGACUCCGAGGAGAAGAAAGACGAGAAGGAGGACAAACCGUAUGUCAUGGAUCCAGAUCACAGACUGCUGCUCAGGAACACCAAACCCCUGCUGCAGAGCAGGAACACUGCCGUGAGUGAUCGGGACUCCACACACAGACAGAAGUUACUGAAUACAAGACCAGACAUGUUACAUAUUGUUGUUUUAGUACCUUUUCAAUAAACUUGUGACAUUUAAACGAGUCCUUGACAAAUCAGAAAGUGCAAUCAGGAAAAUCAUCUUCUAUCUAGUCUAACCAUCCUGAUGAGGGACUCUUUGUGGGGUCGAGUUGUGUUCUUGGUACCCCUAGUUCCUGGGGAAGUUUCCUGGGGAAGCGGAAACAUGUUAAUAACCUGUUUUAUUUCAGGAGCAGAAUCCGCCCAUGAUUGAAAUAAACACUCGUACCUGAGGUCCAUAAACAUUGAUUAAGACUCCUCCGCUCAAAUCUUCUCUUCACGUCGGCACCAUCUGUUCUAAAAACACACCCUUUUCACACGAGUACAACUUGCAAACCUUGACACACAAAACAAAGAAGCUAUCAGAACAUGCUCACAAACCUGUCAUGGUGCACCCUCCCUGAGAUCGUAGAAAAAAAAAAAACCCUCUAGUGAGCGCAGAUCUCCAUCACCCAGGAGCCUCAAGGUCUCUGUCAGUGUGCAGCAGCAGGAGGAAAAAUGCUCCCAAAUGAAAGUGUUGAUUAAAAUGUGACAUGCUGUGCCUUUACACGCGACAACACAGUGACAUCCUCCAUCUUCAUAGACGUCUGAACCCCUCCCUGUUCUGCCAGUGAGGAUGGACACACGUCUGCCUGCUAUUUAAAGCCCUGCUGAAAAAUUACCUCUGUGGAGUCGUGUUACGAGAGCUUUUGUAGAGUGAAAAACACACAUAGAGGAGUUGAGUUCAGGUAAACAGAAGGAGAGGGCAGCAGGGUGAGUGGAGAGCAGAAGAUAUAAUAUUCAAGCAUUUGAGUGUGUGACAACUCAUAAAAUCACUGAAAAGUUAUGCUUUUUAGAAGAAGUAGGGAGCAGAUACUGGUGGUGAAGGACUACAACAAACAAAACAACAAGAAACGAGUAAAAUCAGAUCUAUGACACAGAAGCCAAUUUGUGGUAUUUACAUUUAAGCAUAAGAUAGAUAGGUACUAGUUUCAAGUUAUAGAAUUAAUAUGGUUUGACUUAGACUUGAAAAUUGCUGGAGGAUGUGUUUGCUGCCAGCCUUUAUCCUGAUUUUAGCGAGGUGCUAGGUUUUCUACCCAAGUAUAAACAAGAGGUGUUAUUUAGUGCAUGAACAUCUCAAUAACAGAAUAAAUAUCACACUAAUUAGGUAUAUUCUUGUACUAGAAAUGCUAUUGUUCCUGAACAAAAUCUAUUGACUAAUUAUUCCGGCAGUUUUUAUUUUUUGUUUAUUAAUCUUUAGCUAUAUUUUUAUUGAAGUUUUUUGUUUUUACAACAAUAAAAAAACACCUGAAAAAGAAAACGGGUCAUCAGGGUAAAUACAAUACAGUUUAUUUUUUCAAUAAUGUUAAAUUGGGUUGCUUUUUUUUCAAUGUCAGGGUAUUAACAUUAAUAGUCCAUCAGAUAUUCCAAAUUGAUGUGUGUCAAAAGCAUGAUUUUCACAAAAUGUUUACAGGUAGACCAAUCAUUGUACUCAAUUUAGUCACCAAAAUAAUUCCAGCAUUUUAACUUCACUUACAUGUUAACUUAUACUCCAAACGUUUUACAUGGUUUGAAAAUAAGCUGGAGUUUGUUCACUGCCCAGAGACGUAAAACAGUUUAUUUCUGUUUCAAAAGAGUCCUUUAAAAACGGAUUCAUUUCAGGAAAUAUCCGCGUAAACACAAAACAGCUGAAACGACUUGGGCUAGUAUUCAAACGAUAUAGUGCAUAUGUCAAGUCAGUGAGUGGUGCUGCACCAAAAGACAGAAGAAGAGUAUAGAGCACGCGUUAUUAAGUUGUUUAGGCUGUACAAGAGUUGGCACCUUAAGACAGUCACGCUCAUAGGCUGUAUAAAGAAUGGACAGCGUCUGCCUCCUUGCUGGGUGAAGCCACUCUGAGAACAGCACCCUCUGUUGAUGGGCUGCAGUAUAGGUCAUAAAUCCCGCCUCUGCCAGCAAAGCUUAUGGGGCUGUGGACAAACUUUAGGAAUUUAAUACACAGAACAUAAAUUUUUCUCCCCCCUGCUUGUGAUGUUGACAUGUAGUUACAGUAAGACUGGUUUGUGCGCAAGUCCUCUUUUUUCUGUGAAGCUCCAUUUUUAAAAGUUAUUAGGGGGUUCAUGUUUUCUAUGAUUGACACCUGAUACAGCCUAUGAGCAUUCAGGGAAUGCGUAGCUCACCCAGAGAUAUGCUGUUUGAGCCGAGCGUCAUCGCAGGGACUCUCUGCGACUCUCUCAUCGAAUGUGCACAAUGCUACUGCGCAAUGUUGGUUUCAGGAAAUGAGGAAAAAUCCCGGAAAUACAGAGAGCUUUUUGGCUUCAAAUCCGUAUACAGGCGGGAGGCAGAACCAAGUUGUCCAUAGUAUAUACAGUCUAUGGUUACGCUAUGUGUGAUGUAAUCGUUUCAAGAAAGAUGUGCAUCGGCAUCCACACAGAGAUGAAACGGAAGUCUUGAUUUAUGUACUCUCUGACCUGUUUUCAAAAAGUUUUGCUUACAGUUACCUGAAUCACCUUCUCUGUGUGGAUGUAAUGCGAAUAUAAAAAAAAUUGCGUUUACUCCUGAAUUUGUUUCACAUUUAAGUUCCACAAUCACAACACCAUAAAACCAAGAUUAUAAACCAAAUUAUAUUUUCAUGUAUUUCUUCAGGUGGUGAUGUCAGUCGCUCAGCUCUACUGGCACUUAGCCCCUAAACAUGAAGUCAGCAUCGUCACGAAGUCCUUGGUUCGACUGCUGAGGAGUCACAGGUAAUGCAGAGAGUCAUCUGUGUUUCCUGCAAUGAAAGCUCGUACUUCCUUUCUAUCAAGUGUUCUAUCCAUGUUCAUGUCAUGACCUGAUGUUUGCUGUCUCUUCUGUACAGAGAGGUUCAGUACAUAGUGCUGCAGAAUAUCGCCACAAUGUCCAUUCAGAGGAAGGUGAGUCUGAAGACCGACAGCUCAAAGAUGAUGGUGUUGAUACGUGUUAUUAAUGACUCUAACUAUCCCAAAACAGGGCAUGUUUGAGCCUUUCAUGAAGAGCUUCUAUGUGAGAUCGACAGAUGCCACACAUAUCAAAACGCUGAAGGUAAGUUAGGUCCAUACUGAACAAACAAAGUUACAGUUUUUAUAAGAAAGUCUGGGAAUCUAUUUAGGAGGAUUUAAAGUCUGUAAAACUGGUUAACAGGAAAAUAAGACACACAAAAGUGGGUCAGUUAUGAAGUUAUGCAUAAAAAAAUGCACCUGCAUGUGAGAUAGGUGAACCUUUUACCCCAACAGAAGGGUGCCAAAAAACCAGGACUGUACUGACCGGUUAUUUUGGUUCCUGUGCGGGACCAAGCUGAUUUCGACUGCCAGUUUUCUUCACCCUUACAUGAACUUUAACUUCUACUCUUCCUUUCUUCUUAUAGUUGGAGAUCCUGACCAACCUGGCUAACGAAGCAAACAUCUCCACCAUCCUGAGGGAAUUCCAGGUUUGUGGUUUUACUCAAAAUCCUAACAGUGAAAGGUUGGUAUCUGUUUAAAGCUUCGAGGGCUCACACUUUGGUCCUGUUGACAGACCUACGUGAAGAGCCAGGAUAAGGCGUUCGCAGCAGCCACCAUUCAGGCCAUCGGCAGGUGUGCAACCAACAUCUCAGAGGUGACGGACACGUGCCUCAACGGACUGGUGCUUCUGCUCUCCAACAGAGACGGUAAAUAUCGAUUACAGAUGUCAGACGAAGCGUCCAUGUGACCGUGUGUUUAACCCCACCCUCUUUUCUUCGCAGAGACGGUCGUCGCCGAGAGCGUGGUGGUGAUCAAGAAGCUGCUUCAGACUCAGCCCACGCAGCACUGCGAGAUCAUCAAACACAUGGCCAAGCUCUUCGACAACAUCACUGUAAGAAUCCCUCUGAUGGUUUUAGUGUUUACCGUGAAAGUUUUGAGUCGACGUAACAUUCAUACUAGAACUCUAACAUAAGACUUCUCUUUGUUUUCUCUUCAGGUCCCCAUGGCUCGAGCCAGCAUCCUGUGGCUGAUGGGAGAGUACUGCGAGAGGGUUCCCAAAAUCGCUCCCGAUGUCCUCCGUAAGAUGGCGAAGUCUUUCACGGCAGAGGAGGACAUUGUGAAGCUGCAGACGGUCAACCUGGCGGCCAAACUUUACCUCACCAACUCCAAGCAGGUGCGACAAAUCAGAUCCUGAUUAAAGGCCUCCAAGCAGUUAAACCCUUGAACGCAGUUAAAAUAUAGAUCUGCUAAUGAGACGUCUUUAAUGUAAUGGAGCGUCUGCAGGCUCAUUCAGUCAGAUGGGGUGAUUCUGGCUGAUUCUGAGCUGGUUUAUGAGCCCAAACGCUCUUCAAAUGAGCGCCAUUACACCUUUUGCUUCCCACACAUGUCUAGCUUCAUCCCCUCCACAAUCCGCGUAUUUGUUUGAUGAAAUACACACAGCUUUAUUCCCAAAUCACCAUCUUCAUUCUCCUCUAGACCAAGCUGCUGACCCAGUACAUCCUGAAUCUGGGGAAAUACGACCAAAACUACGACAUCAGGGACCGGACUCGCUUCAUACGACAGCUUAUAGUUCCCAACGAGAAGAGCGGUGCCCUCAACAAGUACGCUCGACGCAUCCUACUGGCCCCUAAGCCGGCCCCGGUGCUCGAGUCUGCCUUCAAAGGUACCUCAAAUAUCCUCUUAUCUUAUUUUGAAGAGAUUAAACUCACUAAACAAACUCAGCAUUCAAGAUUAGGAGCUAUUCCUCUCUGGUAAUUCAUCUAUUUCUCGUCCGUUGGCUCCAUUUGAAGAAGUAGAUUCAGGCAGCGGUUUUAUUAUUCAUCCGCUUCGUCUCUCUGAAGGGCAGUUAGGUCAGACCCCUUUACCUUGGACUAAUGAGAUGGGUAAAUAAUUGAGCUAAUGCUAACCUUUUUUCAGACACUCAGAGGGAGAGAAACUCUCUCAUUUAGCUGCCUCUCUCCCUCCUUGACAAAAGCGACAGAAACGGCCUCCUGCAGCAUUAAAAUUCAGAGGCAGUUUGCACUUACUGGAUGUUUAUGGAGAGCGUUAACCACCCCUGUCAUUCUUAAUAUUCGGCCUUUUUUUCGUCCGGCAAAGCAGAGAUUUUAGAGCACACCUCCCCAGGUGCACACACACACUGAUUAUCUCCCUGUGUGAGAAAAAAUGAAAUGAAAAGAGGUAUUAAAAGCUUUUGAGAUGAGGACCAGGAUGUGUAGUUCUCAUAUAGAAACAUUAGCUACAGGGGCCUUCAUUACAGGCGGGAGAAAGUCACUAUUUCUGAUUUAAAUGAGAUUGAUCUCAGAGUCUUAUUUUGUAAACUCACCGCUCAGGAGUUAAAAAGAAGUUCUUAGUUACUCUGAUUUUUAUCAUAUUUUUCCCUCUGAAACCUUUUCCCCUCUUUCAGAUCGAGACCGUUUCCAGCUGGGCACUCUGUCUCACAGCCUGAACACUAAAGCUACAGGAUACCAGGAGCUCUCAGACUGGCCCGAAGUCGCCCCAGACCAAUCAGUGAGGAACGUGGAGGUCAUUGAACCAGUAAGAAAACCGGCUUCGUGACGGUCUUUGUCAUUAUUUUACCGCAAACAUCCAAAAUCCUGAUUCAUCGUCUCAAAUCUCCAUCAGAUUUCACAGUUUAAGGAUUUAGUUCACAUAAAUAACACAGACUUUAACUCAGAUUGCACAUCUUUAUGUGCAGUAAAACAAAGAACAAAGCAGAAAAAUCAACAAACUUUAGUUGUAGUUCAUAAAUUACUGCAGAUUUAAUGAAAUGAAAAUCUGUGUUUAAGGCCAAACAAAUUUGGAUUAAGUAUUGUUUUGGUUUGUUGACUUUUUUAACUGCGUCUUAUUUAAGCAGUUAAGAGGUAAAAGGUAUUUUCUCUGUUUCUUUGUUGGCUUAUAUCGGCUGUAAUUGCAGGCGAAUUGAUUUGCUUUCUUCUUAUUGCGCACCUUUCAAACAAAAGUAUGUCGGAGUAAGUCACGGGGAUGACUCACAUCUGUUUAACCUGCUUUAAUGUAAGUCGCCUGUCUUUCUCUUACGUAGAUCAAAGAGUGGGCUCCUUUAGUUGGGAAGACGAAGAAAGCCAAAUCUGAUGAAAAGUUUUAUUCAGACGAAGAGGAGGACAAAGAGGAGGAAGGAUCUGAGAGCAGCGGCAGUGAGGACAGCAGCAGCAGCAGCAGCAGCAGUGAAGGUAUGUGGCUGUGUGUGUGUGUGUGUGUGUGUGUGUGUGUGUGUCUGUGUGUAUGUUUGACAGAGUGUGUGUUUUUUUUUUUUUCAAAUAAUCUUUAGAUAUUGGUAAAAUUUGUGUUUAUGUAGUUUAACUUGUAGAGAUUCCCUCACUGGUCAAUCCAGUGAUGUCUAAACUUACGAUUUAAUAAAAUACGGUACAAGAUAAUUCAAUAAGGUAAAAUACAAUAGGACGUAGUAUCACACUGUGUUGUUAAGAAUGAUACAGUAUAAUACAGUAUAGAUGAUUUGAUACGGUAUGAUACUGUAUUAUACAGUAUUUUACUGUAUGGUACAGUAUGAUAAAGUAUGAAGAAGUAUGAUACUGUAUUAAACUGUAUGAUACAGUAAAAUACAAUAUGAUGCUGUAAAAUACAUUAUGAUACUGUAUCAUACUGUAUAAUACCGUAAGAUACAGUAUCAUUCUGUAGUAUACAUUAUCAUUCUGUGUUAUACUGUAUUGUAUCAUAUCAUUUAUACUGUUUUAUACUGUAUACUACUGUUUCCUACUGUAUUAAACUGUACAAUAUGGUAUUAUACAGUAUUAAACAGUAUUAUACUGUAUCAUACUUGACCAUACAGUAUGAUACUGUAUCAAACAGCAUUAUCGUGUUACACUGUACCAUACAGUAUCUUACUGUAUAAUAUGGUAUGACAUAAUGUCAUAUUGUAUUACACUGUAUCAUCCUGGACCGUACAGUAUGAUACAGUAUAAUACAGGAUAAUACAGUAUGAUACAAUGGUAUACAAUAUGAUUCUGUAUUAUACUAUGUAAUACAGUUAGAUACUGUAUCAUACUGUAUGGUACAGUUUAAUACAUUAUGAUAUAGUAUCAUACUGUAUGGUCUAGUCUGAUACUGUAUAAUACUGUUUGAUACAGUAUCAUCUAGUAUGGUCCAGUAUGAUACAGUAUCAUACUGUUUGAUACAGUAUAUUACUGUAUGAUAAAGCAUUUUUGCACUAAUUUAAAUAGUUUUCAUGAGCUUUGGGCUCUUUUCUGGUUUGACUUGAAGUAGAUUUUAUUGUUUCCAUGUCCUCAUCUCCUGAUUUGUUUCUGUUGACUUCCCCUCAUCUUUGUCUUCAUACAGAGUCGGGCAGUGAGAGUGAGGAGGAAAGCAGUGAAGAGUCCGAGAAGACCUCCAGUGACUCUGGACAGAGCUCAAGCAGAUCUGAAAAGAGCUCCAGUGAGUCUGAAUCUGAAAAAAAGAAGAAGAGAAAGACCAAGAAAGCACCACAGAAGAAGAGCAAACCCUCCGCAACAGAGAGGUAAAUUGAAAUCCCUCCUGACUGUCAGACUCUGAAAGCCUCAUUUUUCUUCUCUCUGACUUUCUCUGUCCAGAUGUUUCCUGUUCCUUCCUCUUCUUCUCUUUCUGGUUUAGCUAAUUAAACAGGUGUGUGUGUGUUUGUGAGAGGCUUCACAGACAUAGUCAACACCAAAUGUGAUCAGUGCUGUGCUGCUUCAAUAAACUCAAACUCCCAUCUGUUCACUUCUUCAGCCACUUUUAUCAUCUACAUGACAGCCCACCUGCUGGCUCCACACCUUCUGUUCACUUCCAAAUCCUCCUCCCUGAACCCACAAACAUUUCACUUCAGUCUUUGUUUUUGCUGAAAAAAAUCUACAAUUGUGAUGAAUUCUGAUUUCAUGCUGGAUGAGUAUUUAUAUCUUUGGCACCAGCAGCAGGACUUUAAUCCGACCUGAGCAUCUCUGAAACUCAGAAAUAGUCAUAUCUGCGUGUGUUCCUUCUGCUUUAACAAAUCACAUCUGGUAAGAUUUACAGCUAAAUAAAGGCAUUUAACUAGACAACGUGGGGAAAGUUCUCCAAUCAAACCCUAAAGCGGUGCAUUUGCAGUUAAAAAAAAUCUUGAAUCAUCACAUGAAGACUUAGCUGUAAGUUAAGACCUUCUCACAGAGGAGAGAGAGGGAGAUCAGGAUCAGAAUACUUCCUUUAUCCUGUGGGAAAUUCAGGCAUUACAUUUGCACAAAUGAAGGAAAAUAGAAGCACGAAAGUGAUUAGGACAAAUAAGAAAUACUAAUGGUGAGUAAAAAGUACAGAAUAUUUGAAAUAAAGCUAUUUACAAAGCGCAGAGUGUUUAAGAAAUAAGCUACGAACAAGCAAAACCUGUUUGCAGCAUUGAACUGUAGGAUAUUGCGCAGUGCAACUUGAAUUGCAGUCUUAAAUUAUUAAAGUUUUGACUGGUUUAUGAACAGAUUGGGGAAGUUUGCAGAUACUGCACGAGAAAUAAGUCAAGGAGUCAUAAAGUUUGCUGGUCACGGGUAGGAACGACUUCCUGUGACGCUCUGUGGUGAAUUUAGGGGAAAUGAGUCUAACACUGAAUCUGCUCCUGAGGGUGGAGGAUGCUGUCAAGAUUACAUGUAGCUUUGACAACAUCCUCUUCUCUGUCAACGCCGUCACAGAGUCCAACCCCUAGGUACUUGUAGUCCUCCACAAUGUCCACACGGACCCCCUGGAUGGAAACAGAGGUCAGAGGGACAGAGAGAAGGAGAACUGGCUGUUUCUUUAUUUUGCUGUUUGACUGACGUCUUCCUGCUCACAGCAGUUUCAGGCGGUAAAAAUCAGGAUCUAAAAAAUUACCAAACUUGCUCCUAAUCAUCUUCCAUAAUAGGGCUGGGCGAUAAACUGAAAAUGUACAGAUACCAAAAUUUACGACAAUAGCGGACAUCAUUUGCCCAUAACGGUGUAUUCAGUGUCAAAAAAUUAAUAAAUCUAAGCUGGUUUUGGAUGUGUGUAGGUAGACUAUGGGCUCAUGUCCCUUUAAGACGCUGUCUAUGUCAGAGACGUGACUCCACCCCAUCCAGUCUGUAACAAAGAGGGAAAGACAGGUGAGGAGAUGGAGGACGGUUCAAAAGUGGUAGCGGCUGAAGCAGCGGUAGCAGUAGACAAAGUUAAUGUGGGAGGGGGUGAGCAGCUUGUGGAAUAGUUAUUGUUUUAUUUAUUGUUAUCAAGGUGAACUGCUCAAUAUAUCGUCAUAUUGAUUUGAGGCCAUAUCGCCCAGCCCUAUUCCAUGAACAUCUAAAAACUCAUCACAGGAGCUUUAGCAGCUGAAGAAAAAAGGAUUUUGACCAAAAAGCAGGAGGAAAUCUUUGGUUUCAAAGAGAAAAUGAACCCUCAUUCUGGCUUUCAUAUUUCUAUUGUUUAUGCACAUGCUCAGACACACACACACACACACACACACACGAACACACACAGAGGAGAGGAGAGGAGAGGCUGGCAGAGCUGCUGGAAUAUCGUUAGUGUGAGUUCCAUUAACAAUCUAAUCAAGGAGAAUUUUCCUCCUGUAGCGUAACCCACAUUUACAUGGCUAAUGGAUAAUGACUUCUGAUUGGUCAUUUAGCAGCCUGGUGUUACCAAUGAAUGAGAUUUGAGUCAUUACUGCAGAAUAUGCUCACGCACACACACGCACACACACACACACUGUAACACACACUCUAACACAGUGGCACAUUUACUUUCUUAUGCACUCUCCUUCAUUGGCUCACACACACACACACACACACAUUCAGAGUGUACCUGAUUUCUGUGUGUGACAGGCCGCCGGCUGACCCUGUUCUCUCCAUUAGAGAGAAUAAUUAGAGCAGCUCACCCCAGUGCUCAAACACACACACAAACAGGCACGCACACACAUACACACAGUAAUUAGAGCAGCUCACCCCAGUGCUUCCACAACAAACACAGCAUAAUGCCCUCAUUAUGGCCCAGUCAUUUCAGGCAGGGCCUAAUCAGGCCCACAGUGAUUUAUAUCACUUUUUCCUGUUCGCAGCAAAUGAAAUCUGUAGGCCAAAUUAAUACUGGCUUUUCAUCAUCGCCCAAGUUAAAAAGCCAGUUACCGUCACAAUUCCCCUCAUUAAUUUAACUGCUGAAAAUCCCAGGCAGGCGGAGUAAACACUCAUUAUCAGGACAAAUUGAAGAGGGACGGAGAGAGUGGAGGAGAGAGGAGAAAGAUGGAAGAAAUCGUCUUUUGACCGAAUGCAACAUUUGAUUAAUUUCACAAACAAAAACAGAUUGAUUGGUGUUGUUCUGACCGGGCCCGGCUCGAGCUCUCGGUAUCGGAGGAGAUUGAUAGUCCACGUCACUUCGCCUGGUAGUUAAGUCAAGAUGAGUCCAGUUUGUUUUACCUGAAAACUGAUUUUGAGGAUAAAUUAUGGGUUUGAAUUCUGCAGGAGAACCAGAUUCACAUCACUUGUUCUGUGUUGUUUAACUGAUGCAUGUCUUCCUCUCCUCGUGUGUUUCAGUGACUCGGAUGAAAACGGUAACGGUCCCGUUGCUCAGGCCAGCAGCUUGUCGGCUGAUAGCUCGUCGUCCGGCUCGGACUCAGACUCGGAGGGCGAGUCUGACUCGGAUUCUGUCACACCACAGAAGAAGAAGAGUGAAGCCAAGUCCAAACCCAAGGUGACAGUCAUGUUGAUUUGGUCAAAGAGGAACUUUUAGGCUUUUAUUGACCUCGUUGUAUGAAACUGAUGGUCGAGCAGCUGAUUUGCAGCAGCUGAACAAUUAUCAUGAUAGUAUUAGUAUGUGUUUAUAUGACGACUGCUUUAUUUAGCAGCCCUGAGGGUCUGAAGCACUAAUGUUUGCCACACUUGUUUUCACUUGCAUUGCAUUUCCACAGUUGCAUGUCUUUCAAUUUGCAUCAUUUUUUCAUUUUUCCUGCACUGACUAUUUCUGCAGAUUGUCUGUCUACCAUAAAUCCUCUUGGAUAAUUACAGACUGAAAAAACUUGAGAGUUUAUCAUGUUGUCUGCAGUUAUUUUGCUGUAGUCAAGUAGGGCAGCUGAAAAAGGACAGGAAAUGUUGGGAGUAGAAAGAAGGGAUGACGUGCAGCAAAUAAGUGUCCACUACCAAGUAUAGAUGGGGGAAGGAAUUCAUGCACGAGUGUCUGUGUAGGUGUAGGGCUAUGUGACUACCCGUCUAAAUGAGGGACAAAUAAAACUCAACUUUAAUACUGAAACUGAACAUUUAAAAACUGAUAUUUUAGUCUAAAUCAGUUUUCUGAUGCCUGCAUUAAGCUUGUACUAAAUUGUUAUUCAAAGUGGGGCUGUUGCAAAGACCGGUGUGGAGAAUAACCUCCUUUUAAAAGGUAGAAUAUUGAAAAUAAGCAAACAGAAAUACCAUGACAUCUGCCAGAAAACUGGCUGUAGCAUCCCUCUGAAAGACUGAAUCAGAAACCAUGCUGAGGAGCUAUUAGAGUAAACAUUUAUACUUAAUAAUCAGUCUUUUAACAGUUAACAUUUUGUUGAGUAACUUAAAAUCUACAAGAAAUAGCGCAUUUGCAAAAUUUCAAAAUGAAAGCAUUAUUUUAAAAAACUGGAUUUAAAGCGACAGAAAUGCAAAACGGUCAAAAUGUCAAAAUAAAAACACAAAAUAAUUGUUUUAUAAGGAAGUUUCUGUCGCCUGGUUGAUGAUGAAGAUUAGACUGAACUUUAAACACUAUUAGAUGACGUGUAGAUAAGUCUGCUGUUGUUUUUAGUUAGUAAAAUUUAUGAAGUAGCUUGUCCCUUCUUCUCCUCUUUCCUUAGUUUGACCGAUUAUACUUAUUUUUUUUCCAGUGUUUCUAUAAAUCUUUACGUAUUUUGUUACUUUAAAGCCACGAUGAUCAUGACAAAAGUGUGCUCAGUUGUGACACCUGAAAUCUAAAAUCUGUGAUCUUUGUUUAAACCAGUGCGGAGAAUCUUUCAGGAUGAACUCUAAUCCUGUUCUUCAUGGAGUUGUCUCUCUGUUAUCAGCGUUUCUCCUCUACAGUCCCCGCCAUCUUUUUCUCCCUCUUAUCCUCAUCCCAUUAUCCCUCGCUCUCCUCCUCCUGCACUAUGAAAUCCUCAUUUCGUACACUUUGUCAUUUGGACAUGGCCUAUGAAUUAUGCAUCUUCUCCCUCCUCCUCUGUCUCGCUCUUGCUGUCGCAGAUCUCCAUUUACUAACAAGGUUUCCAUCUCUAUUACCAACACCUGAAGAUUUGAUAAGAUACGGCCUCUAACUUUAUUGUUGGUGUUCACUCCGGUUCUUCUCUUUCUCUCCCUGCUGUUGUUGUUUCCUGUUUUUUUUACAGUCGGCUCAGCUCGGAGUACGCAGAGUGGGAUUUUAUGGUUCUUUAUGAGACGUGUGUCGUGAGUCCUGCGUGUGUAGAAAGGGUGAUAAAAGUGCUCAGAUGAGUUUUUAUGGGUUUGUCAUAGUGAGACGGAGAGCGUCAGUCACACAGGGCGGUGUGUAGCACAUGUUAGGAAGGAUUUUGUCCACUUGCUCUCCUGUUAACGCGUCCUCUUAUCCCCUCAGGUGGAGCAGAAGUCCAAAAAAGAAGUCUCUUUACUGGAUCUAGAUGACUGUAAGUUUUCGAUCUAGACUACCUGAAUUGUGUCCCAAAUCCCAAGUGCAAAAUUGUGUACUUUCCCCAUCUCUCUCAGUCUGUUAAAGCUUGUUGUGUCUUAAAAAUUCUGCUCACAUAAACUCAUUUUUUAGCAUCAUUAGCCUCCAAAAAAGCUCAGAUACCGAAUUUAUUCCACCUGCCAGACUCCAGACAAAGAAAGUUUAAAACCUAAAUAGAGGAAAAACUACAUUCAACACUUUAGAUGUUUGUUUUUGUGUUUUUUACUCGAGUUGAAAGAACUGAAAGUAAGCUAAUAUGUGUGUAAAUAAGUGGAAAGAAACACAGAUCCUAAUCCUGUUUCCUUCUCGCCUCCUUUAGUCUCUCCUGCUCCAACAAACGCACCAAAGUCUGCGGUUAUCUCCUCCAGCCUGCUGUCCGACCUGGAGGGCCUCUCUCUCUCCAACGUCUCCUCCACCAUGCAGGUCAGUACAUUUCAUAAAACAUUAAAAACACACACAGACACACACACAGAGACAGGAUGACAUUUCCUCCAUCAGCGUGUGCUGGGAGUGUUUGUGUGUGUCUGACACUGACAGAACAGCAGAGCAGAGGAUGAGAUGGUGAAAUGAGCCUCUCUCCCUGGUGGAACAUUUCUGCCUCCGACGCCAACUAUUGACCUUUUCUGCCUUCUUAUAUUUAUAGCCAGUCAGGACGCCACCACUGCUCUCCCUGUUUCCUCUACCUCUUAUAGUCUGUGUCUCUCGCCCUCACUGUCUUUUGCUCUUCCACACCCUUGAACUCUAUUUCUGUGUCUCAUCUCGAAGUCCACUCGCUCUGUUUCCCUCCCUCUCUCAUCUCUCUCCUCCUCUCUGUCACCUUCCAUCUCUCUCUGUCAGAUGUGGCGUCCCUCGUGUCUCGGCGUUGUGUAUAUCUGAUGGUUGACCUUUCCUAGUGUGACGGCUCCUUUCUCUCCCGCCUUUGUGUGUCUGUGUAUUUUGUAUCUUGUCUUUUUCUCCUGGGAGGAAAUGUCCAGACUAUUCUUUCUGCUGUUGCUGUGUCUAUUUUCUGUCUCAUAGCCCCGUCUGUGAUGACUGUUGUGUUUGAGGGUUUUCAUCGCGGCGCUGACAGACUGGAGUCUUGUCUUUGAUAUGAUACUGGGCUCGCUGGGGUGUGUGGCAUUUUGGUCAUGAAGAAAAAUAAACUCAAACUCAAUUAUCUUUUAAAACUGAGCAGAGAGUCACCAGAUUGAAAUGUUUUCUCUGAACCUAAUAAAAAAUAAACCCCUGAACUUGAUAUUUUCACUCUUAAUCUAAGGUAGGUUGUGCUUUAAUCCUAAAACAGAGUUAAAUUAGAUUUUUAGUUUUUUUUUCUCAGCAUGUUUCACCUCCUUUCUCACAAAAUUCUCACACUUUUCAUUCUUUUUUUUAAUAUACAAGCUGAAAAUUUACCUCCAAGUAUAAUUUGCUGCAUAAUGGACAACUAUUUUCAACAGAUGCAUUAUUGUAGUUAUGGAGUAAUUCAAGUUUAUUUGAAUUAUAGAGGUUAUGAAGGUGUAGAACAGCCUCUGCCAUGCAAUUGAUGAACAGCAAAACACACAGCAGUAGUAAAAUUUUAGCUUGUGACAAAAUCAAACACAUUUGUAAGUUUAAAGGGUGUAAAACUAUUAUUUCUAACUGCAAUUAUUCACAGAGUAUAAUCAUGAAAUGCUCUUGAUGAUCCUGACUGUCAGAUUUCUCAUUGAAUAAAUGCAGCGCUGCUGCUCCAGCGUGGUCUGAAACCAAGAUUUAAAGAGAGAUACAGGGUUAGUUUUGUUGCUUUAAAGGAUGAUAUCAAACAGAGAUGAUGGAAAGAAUACAAUAAAAGAAAAAUAAAACAGAAGAAAGUCUAUGGAGGGAUGUUUAAAAGAAGGAAGAGCUGGGACAAAAGCCUGUUUAGGGAAGUCUUUGUUCCUGUCAGGUACGGCUGUACGCUCUACCUCCCCCUGCUGUAUGAGGGAACGUUUCACCUAAGUCUAGGGGUGGGGGAUACGGAAAAAAAUUUAUAUCACAAUUCAUUUUUUGCAAGAUCAUGAUUUUAUCACAGUUUUCUUUGGGGGUGGGGGUGAAAAAUUAUAAUAGAUACGAUAAAAUAUCCAGAUUUUAACAACCAACAGUAUAACAUUUGUUUUAACUGGUUGGUCUCCUUCUCAAAUAAAUUUGAACCUAAAAUAAGACUUCAAACACAAAAGUCAAUAUUUACAAAAAUGAAAGGUAGUCUUAUGCAUAUUCAAAAUCAAUUCUCAAACUAAUUUAUAAAACACAACGGAGCAGAACAUUUUAGAACUUUUUCUUUCUUAUUUUUGGCUGGGUUUUUUUUCUAUUUUUUGUGCACACAUAAACAGCUCAAAAAUCUCCUUUCAUCUCUCUCUUUGCUCUCUUUGUCACUAAGGCGAAUUUAGCAAAGCUCCGCUGCUUCUUCGUGUGCUGAAACCUGACACCAUAGUCCAUAGCUACCUCCUGUUUCAUUUCCAUACUCAUUAGAGAGACAUUUAUUUAGACACAUGUGCACCAAAGCCAAUUCUGUGAUCUCUGCUUUAGCAGAUCAAUGUCACUUUUUAAUCCUUCCCAAUCUAAGAUCGCCAGAUCGCACACCCCUACCUCAGUCAUUUAUAACCUCUUAAAAUGAAUGCAGCUCUCCAAGAUGUGACUGAUUUAAAUCCUCACUGAAAGAGUGGACACGAUAUAGCCCCUAAACUUUACAGGUCAAGUAUAAAAUAUGAAAGAGCUCAUUCAAAAGAUGGCAGAUAAGCAGGACUCUAAAAUCCAGAUCCACUGACGGUCCAGUAUCUCUCUGAUUCUUCGUGGUUAACUCUUAAUCUGCCUGAACACCCGCCAGGAGGAGGAAGAGCCUCCAUACUGUUGUUGCUUUAAGCUCUGUGGUGACUGACUCUAUAUUCAGAGUCUGCCCAUCAGUCCUGCCCGCCUGUCAGUCAGUAUGAUUGACAGCUGCUCUCAGGCCAGUGUAUAUGCAGUCUUGUUAGUUUCUCUCCUCCUCCUCCUCCCCCUCCUCUUCCUCCUCUUCCUCAGGUGAAGGCCAUGGAGUAAUAGAGAAUAGAAAUGCAGAUGAGAACAGGGAACUUUCUGCACAUCAACAUCUGAUUUAGAGUCAAUUCUAUGCAUAAAUACAUGAUGGGCAUCGGGAUUCAUAGACAAGGGUAAAUAACCUCACCUUAUUCACACACGCCCCUCCUCCCUGUGCAUGCACACACUUACAUAUCGGCUCACACACACACACACGCACACACACACAUGCACACACUCUGGCCUCGGUGUCAUUUCUAUUUCUCAGCAAUCUGCCCACAGAGGCAGCGAGUCUGUCUCAGCUGAGCGCUCGGGCCCUUUUAGAGAAUUACUGCAUGGUUAUCAAAGGCAUUUAGAUUAACCCCGGUCACUGUCUUUGACCCACCUCCUCUCCUGUCUCCUCCUCCCCUCCUCUCUUUCUGCAUGCUACCGCUCUCUCUAAUAACAUUUUGACAUUAGGAUCUCUCACAAAUGCCUCUUAAAUCCCCCCCAAACCUCCUCCGACCGCUGUCCGUGUGAGCGGCGGGCCGGCUCAGGCUGAUAACUUUUCAUUCAUAAUUAGCAGCCGGCGAAUGGGGCUGCGUUGGGGGGAAAUUGAACUGUCAGCGGUGGGGCGCAGGGCGUUUGACCCCAUCACACCCAGAGGGGGCCAUCAUAAUUUGUUCAUUUGGUGUCCAUCAGGCGGGCGCCAGCUCUCCCCCUCCUCCUGCCCAGUCUCCCUCCUCACCCCUCUGACCUCCCCGUAGUGGGCGCUCUGGGUUCACGUCUAAUUAUGAAUCAGCAGAAGGACCCUGAGAGCCACGAAUAUAGCAGCCCCUGCCCUGCAAACCUCACGCUGCCACUCAAACUGCAGAGAUUGCCUCUUAAAUAGGAACAAAUGCCCACACAGAUACAGGCAGUCGGUGCAGCGGCCUGCGCAGCGACUGGACGGUGCGGGAAGUGUUUUAAAUGCAGGACAUUUCUUUCUCUUUGUGAGGGCGUUUUAACUCCACCUGCCUCCUUUUUUAGUCGCGUGUGUCCAUUUUUUAAACGUCAGAGGUGCUGACAGCGAUCCCUUGACAUCUGAAUCCUCACACGAGUGUUUGAAAAGUCUCCUGCUUAAACAGUCAAAGCUUUAAUUUGCUGCAGCAAACUGCAAGUGAUGCAGGUUUUCUUUUAUUUUGAAAUAUUUAGUUUACACCAAGAAAUACAAAACUAAAAAAAAUAGGAGAGCAAAUGAAAUUAUGAUGCUAAAGGCAAAUAUGUGAUGCAGCAGUGGUUCUCAACUGGUCUCACUCUGGGACCCACAUUUUCCCAUGGUCCUUAAGUCACGACCCACUUUUAAGGAAUUCAAACUAAGCUAAUUUAUUUUUUUAUUUAAAAAAAACUUUAAAGACUCAAAACUUUAACACAAAUACACCUGUUUUAUUAAGUAAAGUGCAUUUCAGAGCACAUGAACUGAGGAAGACAACUACUGAAGUUGCAUAUACAGAAAAUAUCAAAUAACAAAUAUCAGUCGGUAUGUGCCGAGUCGACAAAAAUUCUAAUGUCGACUCGAUUUUUUUCAGCGUGAAUUUACAGCCUAUGGUUAAUUUCCUCAGGGGGAACGUACCAAGUGCUAAUGGGGGUAUUUUCAGAGCGCCCCCAUUUCACAGGUAACAGCCUGUCUCAGAACACCUCCCCUUGUUUUCACCAGUUUGGGUUCGCCCAACCAAAUGGAGACCGGCUGGAGACAGGAAGAUUGAAGAGCGCUUCAACUUGCCUUUUGUGUUUAAUUACCUUCUUGUGCUGAAUUAAAUAUAUUUUAAUCCCGACGAGCUUCUUCGACGAGCUGCGUCACCCCCCGCCAAAGAGGGGUUCGCCGUUACCCCCAAUUUCCACUGCAUCCGAAACAGCUACGAAAAGGCCGUAUUCGCCAAUCGUAGCUGAUCGUAACCAUUCAAGUUAACGUGUCAAUUUCCACUGGCUUCUUUCUGUUCUGCUGCAGUUCAGCAGAGUUCUAUUUUUUCCGGACACCGGAGCAUGCUGGAUAAAUUCAGCACAGAUUAACCCGUGCUGGAAAGGAAGUUGGGCCCAGACACAAAAAAAAACAUCCAGCUUCUUUUCAAAAUAAAACACUUUUCGCGCAAUUGCACAUGAAUCUGCGGGUUCUUGUGAGUUCUCGUGAUUACUGCUGUCUGUUAUCCGCCAGGGAAUUCUCCUCACAAACAGAUCUGGUAGGAAUUGGCAUACGGCAAAAAUCGCUGCCAUUCCGGAUCGGAGCCAUUCUGGAUGCAGUGGAAAUCCCAGGUUAGAGCUGGAAACCUCCCUUUAGUCAAUUUUUGGUCAAAAAUUUCAGGGUUUUAGUCGACUAAGAAUUUCUUUGUCCCUAGUACCCUGCUGGAGUAUUAGUGCCCUCGUUUUAGAGACACCAGAGAAAAUCAUAAAUGGAUUAAUUAAGAAUAUAUCCAGCAUAAUGACUAAUAAUAAUCCAGAUUUGCAGCUCUUGUUAUAUUGAAUUUUGUGCUUGUAUAAAAGGAACAGUUUUCAGUUUACCAUAAAUAGUUGCAAAGCUAAGUGAAGGACGGUACAGCUCCUGAAUAACACUCUGCUGUUAAUGCUAAUGCCCUUAAAUGAAAAAUUCAAAUAUUAAUUAUUCCAGAAUAUCUAAUUUACGAACAAAUUGGUGUAAAUGAAGUAACCUCUGUCUGCGCAGAGACUCUGUGUUACAUUAAAGUGCUUUAAGAUGGCUGGAGUAACAUUUAUUUAAUUCAAUUUGCAGUCAAGGUCUUUGUGACGUCCCUCGAUUAAUUGUCAUCUCCUGACUGAGGGAACAAUUAGGCCCUAAAGUCAAACACAUGUCCCUUACCUUAAUCCUCACAACUCCUGUCGUCGAGCAUAAUGAAAUCCUGUCCCUGCUGUCUGAAAACACAAAUGGAUUUUCAAUAUACACCCAUACGUCUCUGCGCCUCCCCUCGCCGCUUCCCCUUUAAAUUGGCCUUCUUCUUCUUGUUCUGAGAGCGCCACAAGGCUACCCAGCUCCGGUUCGCCCCCUUUUUUUUUUUGAAUAUGUCAGCGGGAUUUUCAGGUCAUUUGCCAGAGAGGAUGCUGGGAGCGUGGCGUCCGGGCUCUGAAGGUGACUGCUGUCUGUGUCAUCCAUCACAGGAGCUUCCUUUAAGUUGAUGCAUAAUAGAGCCUCUCAAUCAACUUCCUCCCUCAUUGUCACCUCCCUCCUUUCCGUCCGGGGUGGAGAAGGCGAGCCAAAGCCCAGAGAGGGAAAAAAAAAAAAGACCAACUGACAGAGAAGUCAAGGUUACAUCCCUCUUCUUCUCUUAUUUACACUUGAGGUGUUAUGGGCUCGUGCUGCGUAACAAGACAACAAUGGAUGGACGAGUGGAGGGGUUUGUGUGGGCGCACAUGUCAGGCUUUAACUGUCCACUGUGUCAAAUUGGUGAUAAUAAGCGGUUUGAAGCCCGUGUCCUGUCUCCGUUCCUCUCUCCUGAGGCGACAGACAGGACCUUGAAGCAGGAUGUGUCUGUCAGGGAGGUAAAUCUCUGUUGUGAUGGGGUGGCAAACAUUAUGGCCCGGCUUUAUCGACACCGACUGCUCUGACACAUCCAAAAGUGGCCCAAUAAAUUUGCAGGCUGGCGGUGGCGUGACGGGCGCUUGUGAGGGCGCAGCGGCGUUACGGCACAGCGACAAAUGUUUGUUUGACCUCCUUCACAGGAGCUCGGGCGGUCUGGGCACGAGAGACGCCGCCACUCUGUCAAGGGGACUGAGAGAUGGCGUGUUGAGACGGUUUAUUCUGUGUCGGAUUUGGCAGGUUAUUGUUUUUGAAUGUUUUAUAUUGGUGCCAAUAUGACGGCUGAACUGUGACACGCUGGAGUCUAUUUACCUCAAUCUGAAAACAGCUCAGAACAUGUGCUCCGGUUUUUACUCACACAUGGGAACAGACAUCUUUUUCAUGUACUGAUGUCUGCCUUCUUCAGACUUCACUGCUGCUUUCAGACUUUAAACAGGCUGAUUUAAAAUCAUUGUCUUUGGCUGAAAUCUGCCGAUUAGGUCGAUAUGAAAAAGUAAACAAACAAAAGUCAACGUCUGCAGGCAGCCUCACUGGCCGUUGAUACAGCUAAUCUGAUCAAACAGUCACCGGCUAUUGUUCAGUGUUAUGAUGUAUGAAAUAAUGCAGUUUAAUACUUUAAAAUGUCAUGUCCUGAUAUCCAGAACACAACCCAGUGCAUUUCCUUUAACAGAAUCAGAUUAAAGAUUCAUUAUGACCAAGUUAACCACAUAUACUAGAUUGUACUGUUUACAGAAUAAUGGCUAAAAUACUUGAUAAAUCGUUUUAUUUCAACAAAUGCAAAAAAGUGUGUUGGCUGUUUUUCAAACAGCUCUCUGUUUGUCCACUUUUCUCCAUGCUUGUUCUUAUUGAAAAAAUCUGCAUGUUUGUGUGAAAGGAUGUCAGUCUGCCGCACAACUUGGUCACAAUAAGUCCUUAACACAAACCCGGACUCUGCCAGUGUUGCUGUCAUGCGGAGAUACUGACCAGUCCUGCAAAACGUUCACAACCUUUAUUUAUGUUUCAUUAGUGGUUGAUGUCAGGGGUCUCAAAACCAGACUAUCAGAUGAAAAGAUUGAUGAGAGUUAAAUUAAAACAGGGUGAAAGACUCUCUUAUUACACAUGCACCGUAAAAAGAGAAAAGAAGCACCACUUUCUCCACAGGGGGCGCCAAAAUCAACUCAACCCUAGCCCCUCACAGCAGCUUUAGGACAUCUCUUACAAACAAACCUGUUGCUUAUUGCAGGACUUUUUCUGCAGCAUUACAGUAACACUGACGUGUUUCCACUUUCUGUUGUGAGGCGCACUUGUUGUUUGUCAAACUAAUUCUUUAUCCUCACACGCCACAUGAAAAGUCCAAAUCGUCCCAGUGUGCUCCCCACCAGAGUCAGAACAUGCCUUCAGCAAAUCCAGCUUCAAUAAAAUAAUGUAGACUGACACGGCUCCGUACCAGCACGCCUGCAUGUUUCUUUUUAUCGUAUCAUCAGGCGUACAAUUAUCUCAAUUAGCUCACACAAGCUGAGUAUCAUUAUAAAAUGUUCACACUUGUUUUUCAUUCCCUUGUUGUCACCCUUCAGAUUGUUUUAGAGACACAUCUGUUCACUUUUUAUCACAGUGAGGUGGUGGAUAUCAUCUUUUUUAGGGUUGAGUACAUGUGAGCGUUGCCUCCGCAUCAGUGAACGAGUGUGUGGAGGUGCUAAGUGCUGCGAAGGGUGUGAAAAGCCUGAAUCCGUCCACGCAGGUGAUUAGCGCUGUCGCUCAAAACAGAGAAGUUUGAUUAAAGAAUGAAGAAGAAACUCCUUAAAGUUUCCACACCUUGCUAUUACUUUGUGUUUGUGUAGAUACAGCAGAGGUUUGAUUAUGUAACGUGAGUAAUCUUUUAAUUGACAGCAAACUAGCUUGAGUUAAGGACAAAGCUACAAGCCGUAUGUAACGUGAUAACAGCAGCAAAUGAAAAAAGCUGACAUAUGCAAAAUGUGCACUGGCAGCUAGACAAAGAUGUUUUAUGUCAAGGACAAACUUUUGGGAUUAUUUCGUGGCUACAAAGCUGUGUGAAAAGUAACACUCAUAUGACCUUUUACAAGUCAAAAAAUAGCCAACAAAAGGUUCCAGAGCUAAGUUAGCGCUACAGCUGGCACUUAACGUUUUCAGUGAAGACUAACCCAUUGGUAUUAUUUCGUGACUACAAAGCUGUGUAAAAAGUAACACCCAUUAGCUGUGUGAAACUUCAAUUCAGUCCAAAAGCAGCUAAUGUAAGAAUCCAGAGCUAAGUGAAUGCUAACAGUAAGCCCCAGAUAUUUUCUGUGAAGGCUAAACUUUUGGGAUUAUUUUGUGACUACAAAGCUGUGUAAAAAGUAACACCCAUGAGCUGUGAUACACUUUUUAUGAACCAAAAAGAUAGCCAACAUAAGGAUCCAAGGCUAAGCGGGCGCUUUCUAUUAGCACAUAACAUUUUGCAUGAAGGCUAACCUUUUGAGAUUUUUUUGUGACGACAAGGCUGUGUAAAAAGUAACACCCGCAGUCUGUAUAACAUUUUCAAGUCAUAAAAUAGCCAGCAUUAAGGAUCCAGAGCUAAACAGGCACUUACAGCUUGCUCCGGUUAUUUUCUGUAAAGGCAUUUACUAUGAAGGCAUAAAUUAAGUGAUCGUUUAAUUAUUAACUGUGUAUAAAGUAACACCCGUACGUUGUGUCGUACUCCAUAUUGAUGGGAUAGCAGCUAAGAAAAAGUAUUUCAGACAGAGCCUGUAAAUAAAUUAAAAAAUAUUUAUUUUCUUAUUCCCUCUAAAGGGGAGCUUAUAAUGUUAGAAUUACAGAAUAAAUCUUUCUAGUUUUCUUUCUGCAGCCUUUUUUCAGAGACUUGUCUUUGAGGACUUAUUGAAGCAUCUUCAUAAUAAAGAAUUGCAGUACUCCCGCCUAGAAAUGCUUCGACUACUCGUCUCCACCUUUUAAAAACAGGAUGCACUUGAUUUUGUCGUUAGACCUUUCUUAUCUAUCCAUUCAGAGCGGCCACCGCCAUGUCAAAUAAAAACUGAAAGCUACAAGUGUGAGCAACCUGUGUCCGAGCACUGAGAUGUUAAUUUAUAGUGAAAAAAGCCUUCAUCUUCCACGUCUCACAAAGGUAAUACAAUUUCCUGCCUUUGAAAAGGUAAAAGCCCCUUUUAUCAGGGGCUGCGAAUGGCAGCUUUGGCCCAUGCAGGCACUUGUGUUUCCAUUCAUUAGAGGUUGUUUUUAUUCAGCCGGGUUUGACUGAGCAUCCAGCCCAUCUCCCUCUAACUGGGCUGAUUGAGGACAUUUCUUAAAUGGGUUCCUCUUUACCCUACAGAGUUAAUGAAGGAAGGCUUGGUGGGGAGUUAUCAGCCAGCCCUUUGGUCCCACUCCACUCAGAAGUGCUGCAUUCUUCCUGCUGAUUGGACACGCUGAAUAGGAUGAAUAUUGGUUUAUGGGGAGACCGGAGAUUCUUGUAUUAAUAUGUCCUCUGGUGUGGAUGCAUUUGUGCUGUAAUGUACGAGGCGUCCCUGGAUGUGAGGAGCUUUCUGCUUGCAUGGACUGUUUUUUCUCAUCCUCCCUCUCUGCCUCUGCACUCAAGCUUUUGUUUGCUGUUCGUCGACCAAUGCUGCAGAUGAUUAUGAAGUUUAUACAAAAUCAAAUAGAUGUUUAGUAUAAUCCCUGUUUUCCUCUGUCCUUCCAGGUCACGACUCCUUCGUUUGGCCCUGUGAAAACAUACGAGCUGUUACACCACAUGACGGGAAAAGGCCUGUCAGCCAAGUACCAUUUCCCCAGACAACCCUGUUUGUAUGAGCCCAGUAUGGUGUCUGUGCAGGUGAUACUGACCAACGGCUCGGACCACUGCCUGGAGGAGAUCCACAUAGGAGACAGAAGCCCAGCCAGCCUCAACAUCCACUGCUUUAACACCAUCGGUGAGUGAAACCCUCUAUGCAGGAAGAAAAUCAACUAGCCAUAGCAGAGAGUUUACAUUUGCUAACCAAACUUGUCUACAGAUAGAAAGUCUAUUUAUAAGGAUAGUACAGGGCUUGAAGACCUCAGGCACAAUGCUGGAAAUCCAUUUCGGGAUUUUUUUUAAUUGUGUAUCGUUUAUAUAAAAAAUAAAAACAAACACACCAAAAACCCCUAGUUAGUUAGAUCUGGAUAUGACUGGUAGAGGGCAGCAUUACGCUGGAUAGCGCACAGCCUGCCGGAGAAAAAGAAGAAGCAUCAGCGAGCAGCAAACGGCAAAUUUGAAACAAUGGAAGCCGGGUACGUCAAACCAGGAGAAGAAACUGGAAGAUACUGGAAAUGAGGGUGAAAAACAAGUGGCCCUUGGCUUGGGCGGAGGAGGCUGGAAAAGAUGGAAAGCCGCACGGUAGCUGGUGCCGAAAACUGAAAGAGCCAGGUGCUUGUUUUUGCGUGACAAGCGCCAGAAAGCUUAUAUAUGACAGCAGUUGGAAAAAGGUUGGUGAAGUUCGAAAGAUAUUCACAGAUUCGGACUUCCCGGAUCAAUAACUCUGGGACGAAACGUUGUCCAAACGCAAAUGAUGCCUCUUUCACGUCGUAAUAGCUCAGACUACUAGCUUCAGGAAUCAAAAAACAUUUUUUUUACAAAAACAAGCCGAUCUCCGAGCUGGAUGAAUAACAUUGAUCUAUAUGUGCAUCCAGUCCAACAGGGACCGUCUGCAAAUUGCAGUACAAGAGCAAGACGCUGCAAACAAAAAUCAAUAGCUCCACUGUCGUACAGUACAGAGACCCCAAAAUCACCACACACACCAAGGGUCUCUUCAUGGUCAUACUACAUCAGCUGUUUAGGACAAAUGUGCCUUUUUAUAAAUCUGGUGAUUUUUUUUUAUUGAUAUUAAUCAUUAAUAUCUUCCAAUAUUAAUCAAUAGCUCCACUGUCAUACAGUGUCCCCCCUGACCCCAAAUCAAUCCCAAUAUAUAAGAUUUCCUCUUUGCAGAACAGAUGCAGUUCACUUCUAAUGUUUUUUUAAGUGUUUAUAAUCCCAUGUGGUGACUUCCACUGAAGAGCCGUGACUGUUGUUCAUGAGGGUUUCAUGUGACUUCUACCUUUAAUGUCAUAUCAAAUGAUCAUUAUGACUGAAACCUUUUAGUCUCAGCCAAUAGGACUUCAGCUAAUCCCUGUUUGUUAGUAUUAUCGAUCAGACCAACAAACAUACACCGUCUCCAUAUUUCUCCUCACGUGAUCGCCACACUCAGGAUAAUGUUAGACAGAGAGCUUUAAGAUUUCCCUCUGCGCACACACAUACACACACACACACACACACACACACACACACACACACACACACACACACACACACACACACACAGAGGUUGUGUGUGGUGGAGCAUGUUAAAACUGUCAAUUGCAGGGGAUUGAUUGGGCAUUGAAGGAACUCAAGCAGCCAAACAGUGGGUAAUUUGGAUCGAUCGAGCCCCGGCCACUGUGAGGCGGCUGGCUGCAGUUGGUUUGGAGAAGUUGCGGAGGAUGAAAACAGACAAAGCUUUAUGGACUUCUGUGUCUGUGAGGGUUCCUUAACAAAUAACACACUACGGGGUUUAUCAAAGAAACACUGUACGCCACUUCUGCGCUCACAGACUUGUAAAAUCUUUGAUUUAGCCGUUAAAAAGAACAUUUUCAUCUGAUCUUUGUGUACAUUAUCUGACCAAACAUUUAAACAAUAAACUUGUGCUGUUUGUUAAUUAAGAGUUGUAGCUUUGAUCAUAAUACUCAAUAACACUUCUUACUGUGAAAUCAAAUAGGUUUACAUUAAAAUCUUUGUGUUUCUAAUAAAAAAAACUGUUGCACAACAAGAAAUAUAUUUAGGAAUGAGUCAGUAUUUUCGGGAGCUCCAGUUUUGUUGCCUUGUCUGUAUCUUUAGAAAUUUCAUCCACAGGUCUGCAGUGAUUCACACUCUCCAAAAUAGAGUGUUUGUGAUGCUGACGUCAGUCUGAUUAGCUGCACCUGCAUGCUUCCUUUGCAGGAGGAAGCUGUAUCCCAAUAUCUAACAUCUGUUUUUGAUGCAAAGUAGGGCUGCAACCAACAACUUUUUUAAUAGUUGACUAGUCACCUACUAUUGAAAUGAUUCGUCGACUAAUCGGACACUCCAACUUUCCAACAUGCCUUCUCGUCAAAUGUUCGUGCAUCACCGAUGUGCUGCCAUGAUAUGCAUGAUAUGUCUGCUUGCAAGUUAUUAUUCUUCCCGCCUUAUCUAGGCUAAAGUGCUCCUUAACUUUGGAGGUUUUUAAGCGCGUACUCAUAGCUGCUGUAUGGGAUGCAGGCACUGCCAUGUUUGAAUACCCUACCGCUUAGAAGAGACACUGUUGGGCAUGUGUGACUGUAGGCAGAGUUCGUAAUAAAGUAAGAUGCCUCAGUCCACUGGAAAAAAACACUUAUGGCAACAAUAGUCUACAAUAAAAUUCAUUGUUGACUUUUUUCAUUAUCGAUUUUUGUUGAUAACGUGUCACUCAGAAGAACAGUGAUGUCAUAAUUUUCCAUCAAGGGGGCCCUAAAAACAGGAAGUCAAGUAUCAUGCAGUAAAAAAAAAUGCACCCAUAUCAGUUAAAGCUCACUCUGUAAUUUUUUCUGCUCCUGUUUCUGCACAAUAAAUGAAGAGCUGCAAACUGUUUGUAGAGACACCAAACUUGAGUUCGCUCUCUUCAAUAUUUAUGGUUCUGUUAGAGAAGAGUGUGGUCUUCGUUGGUGGGUCCAUGAUAGCUCUGUUUUCAGAUCUUGUCCUCUGGAGUCUCCUCCUCUCUGUCUGUGUAAAGAGUUUGAAAGUAAAACAUCCUCCCUGCUUCACGGAGACAGACUCACAGGCCGACUGGGGAAACAUGGAGAAUGUUUCUGUCUGUCUCCUCUUUAACCCCCCCCCUACUCUCCAUCCUCUUCUUCCUCUCCCAUCCAGCUGUCCUCUCGGCUGCUUUACUUACCUCGCUCUGUCUCCCCCCUCCUCACCCGUCUCUCUUGAUGCUCUUUUUGACAAGCCUGUUGUUUUGGAAAUAUGCUAGUCCUUCAUCUGUGUUUUUUUUCCUCCUCUCCCCGAGGCUGAAGGUGUGUGUGUGUGUUGGGUGAGAUUGAAGGAUAGAUUUCUCACACACGGUGGCCUUGCUUUGCCAAGUAGAAAACACAAGUGGUGUGGAUGCCUGUCUGUUCCACUCUGCUGCCACCCCCCCUCCUCUCCUCCUCCAUCUCCUCUUCGUAUCUCCCUUCGCUCCAUCCUUCCUCACGCUGCACACUGUGCCCUUGUCACUCACUCUUCCUUUUCCCCUCUCGUCCCCCCCCCCCCCUCAGAGCGGCUGGAGCAAGAGGCCUCGGUGACGGUUUCCAUGGGUAUUGACUUCAGCGACUCGACGCAAGCGGCCAACUUCCAGUUGUGGUGAGACAAGCUGACACCCACUCACAUCAAGUCAGGCGUGGUUUUUGUCUUCUUCUCUUGUACUUUACAUCUUCCUCUUCUUCAUUUGCAUCUUCUUCAAGCGUUCCCUCUCUCUCAUUUGUUCUCCGUUAAUUCUCUUUUUCCGGCCCCCGCUCUGUGCCGGUGCUCCCAGGUGAGACAUCAACCUGGAUUGAUCCUUGGUUCUCUGGGAUAACAAUUAUUCCUCCAGUAAUCAGCCCCUGGUCCAAAUCAGCCCGCCUGAAUGCCAUUGGCACCGCUGCUCAGGCGAUCAAUACCCUGAUCAGAAAAUCUGUUCAGGAUGGGGGAAUCAAUCAGGCCCAAAAUGCCAUUCACAGAGCGCUGGUUUGCAAAGCAAUAAGAGGAGAAACAUUUAAUACACAAACAGAGAGAGCACACAAAACACAGAAUCAUCUGAUCCUGCGGACUAAGAUGGAUCAUAUCCCAGAGCAGAGGGGGGCCAAGUUUGUGGGGUCUCCUCCUUCAUGUUAGUCCACCACUGUAAAGUCACUCUGCCUCUUUUGUUUUUCUCUUGAAGUACAAAAGAGGAUCAGUUCAGUGUGUCCAUCCAGCCUGCCGUAGGAGAACUGUUGAUGCCCAGCAGCAUGAGCGAACAGGACUUCUGCAAAGAGCAAGGUGAGUUUUACUUUAGUCGCUGUUUGUGGAGCCUAAAGGUUUUACCUAAAGUCACAAAAUAUUAAGAUGGAUGAAUUUCACAAGACUUACAGGAUUUAAACCAGAUGUCAGGAGGUUCAAACCUGACUAUGAAGUCCAAAUGAAGCAAAGAGCACACCAGAAAGGACACAAACACAUCGUCUGCUUUUGGAGGGGUGUCUGACUUACAUGUCUCAACAUCCUAAAAUGAAAUAAAAAUGGUUACAUAAGGAAGUGAAGCACCAAAGUAUUGAUGCACAGAUCUAUCUAAGGUUUACAAAAUGUGCUACAUGAAAAUAAAAUACUGUGUGAAUAAGACAAACAUAAGGGAAAGCCAAAUGCUAAAUUAGUUAAACAGUUGAAAAAAAAUAUAUAAAUAGCAAUAUAUGGUAUUGCAAUACUCAGUGUAUUGCAAAACGUUAAAAAUCACAAUGAUAUCGUAUCGUGGCCCAAGUAUCGUGAUAAUAUCGUAUCGCGGGGCAGCCCGUGAUGCCUGUUUUCAACUGUAGUGGCCUCUCAUUGGAUCUUUAAAGGUCAGUUGUUGAGUCAACAGACCAAAACAAAGAUGGCAGUCUCCGUUUAGCAUAGUCAGCUAACAACAAAAAUAAUGUCGCAUAAACCAUAAAUCGAUCUGACUUGUUGCAGAUGUGAUUAUCAUUUUCUGCUGGUUCAGUUUUUCAGCGUCAGACCUUAACCCAUCCACAGAUCACCACAAUGGCGUGCAGCUGAGUGGGAGACAUGUGUCUUCCUAGGGCUGGGCGAUAUGGCCUCAAAUCAAUAUCACGCUAUAUUGAUCAGUUCACCUCGAUAACGAGAAAUGGACGAUAACUACUCCAUAAGCUGCUCACCCCCUCCCACAUAAACUUUGAACCGUCCUCCAUCUCCUCACCUGUCUUUCCCUCUUUGUUAUGGACUGGAUGGGACAUGAGACCAUAGCCUACCUACACACGUCCAAAACCAACUUUUAUUUAUUUAUUUAUUUGACACUGAAUUUACCAAUAUGGGCAAGAUGACGUUGGUUAUUGUCAUAAAUUUCGGUAUUGAUAAAUUUUCGGUUUAUCGCCCAGCCCUAAGCACAACACCAGCUAAAAAAACGGCAACAUCAGGGGGUAUCAGUUCAACAUUGCAUAUAUGUUGGAGGGAGGAAUGGGUACAGGAAGCACUCUUAGAAGGCGUGUAUGUCUCUGUGUCAGCGUCCUUAUCAGCUAAAAUGCGUUUGAAAAUAUUGUCAUAUCAGCAAAAAUCCAAUCAUGUGCACCCCUAAUUAAAUUCAGAUGGAGCUGCUGCCGUCUUUAACACAUUUUACAGACCUGAUAGCAGAGUUGUUGCAGGUCUUACACAUUAAGUCAAAGGAAAGAGCGUGUUCUCCUCUUGUUUUGAUUGCAGACUCUCUAAAUGAUUUAUUAAACUCUAAUAAACAUCGUCUUUAAGGUAAACCGCCCUCCUUUCAUGAAGCACUUAAUGGUGGGGGGUCCUACAAACAUACACACACCUGUGGAGCUGCAGUCGUUCAGAGCCAAGAGAGUGCGUUUGUGUCCGAGCCAUCAGUGUGCUCUUAAGUGGCAGCUUAAUGCUUCCUCUGCUUUAAUUAAUCUUCAUGCGGCGUCUUUAGAGCUCUCUGCGCUCAGGCUGGAUAAUAAAAAAAACUGACUGAAAGGAAGGAGGGGAAGAAGUUGCUUUUCUCUCUUUGCAAAUUGCUGCUUUGUGCAAAUUGAGUGAAGUUAAUUCAUUCUUUCAGUUAACAGGUUUUUUAUUAUAUUUGCCUUUAAGACCUCUUUUUAUUUUCAACCUAACUUGAGCAUAUUUAUCUCCGCUCUUUCUUUCUAUUCCAUUACUAAGUGCACAUGAACUGGCCCUUUGCCUUCAAUUUGAAAGAAAAAAACUCUCCCUGUUAGAAAUAAUCAGAAUGAAGCAGCCUUUUUAUUGUUAUGCUCCCCCCCAUUAAAGUCUUUAAAUCUGUUUUAUUCUUUUGUUUUCUUCAUGUCUGAAGUAAAACCAGCGAAAUACUCUGUUAAAAAACAGAUUAAUGAACAUUUAAGAUGUUUAAAAGAAUAUAGAUCUUUGCUGUUUAUGUUUUAAUAUACGUUUAAAACCGAUAAACACUCAAAUUAAAGGAUUAAUCGUCUGUUUCUGCCUCCUCUCCUCUUCAGGUAAGCUCCUAGGCAUGAACGAGACCUCCGCAACCAUCUCCAUGGCAACAGCAAACACCUCCAGCCAGGCCAUCAACAAGCACGUCCUGUCUGUGGCGAACGUUGGGGUGGUUUCAUCCAGUCAGAGCGACUUCCACAGGUAAGGCGUCCAGAAUUCAGGGUCAGGUCCUGCAGGUUUUUGGACCUCAUAAGGAGCACAGACGAUCAAUGAGUCAGAUUAUUGAAGGUAUCGGUACAGAGCUGAUGAACCGCCUCAUGAUUCAGAGAUCAAACAUUAAAUCAGAUCUUACUGUGACUUUUUAAGGUGUUUAACCACGAGACGGACAGAUGUUUACAGUUUCAUCUCAGCUCCUCGCCUCUCUCAUACUGAGACUCAAGUUUCUUCAUUUGUCUUCUUGGUAAAAGUCACUUUUUAUGGAUAGACAACAAAACAAUCUUUAAAUCGUUCAUUUUUUCUUCUAUAUUCAGUCCAUUUGCUGACUUCAAUGUUUAAUCGGACAAUAUCUGUAUAUCGUCGCUGUCCAGUAAAAAAGACGUAUCUCCAAAAUGUGUUUUUUUCAGGAACAUAAAAAAACUGUCUUAUUCAUAAACUACCUUACAGAAUAAACCCAAAACACUGUAAUUAGACCCAAUUAGGACCCAAAAUCAAAAUCUAUAUUUACACAGUCAUCAGUGACCUAUUUGAUAUUUUAAAUGGACUCAAGUGCUUUGUAUUGUGAAUGAUAGUGGACAUACGUGUUUUUUUAAUAAUGCGCUCCAAUGAUGUUUGGUUAUUUACGAGUUUCCUGUUUGUGUCCCACUUUGUUGAUAAACUAUUGAUAGCAGGCUUUCCUACAUUUCCACAUUGGUUGUCAACUUUUUUGAGUCACGACUCCUAAUUUAACAUGUACUCGUGUCUGCGACCGAGUGUGAGAGAGAAAACAGCAGCAGCUUUGCCGCUGGGGAAAUCUAAUGCACAGGUAGGCAACACUGUCAUGGUUAGAAAAAAGUUUUAUGUUGGCAUCAGUUGACGUGAGGACCUGAGUGUAGCAUUACCCUGGACUGUAAUGAGUCUGUCACAGUGUAAAGUCUGUUCGCUGGCAUGACAACACAGGGCCAGGACAGGAGAUACGUGCUAUGUUGGCACUUCUGACACCCAGUGGAGAUAGUUGUUGAAAAGAAGAUGUUUUAAAAUGUUUUUCCAUCGGUCAUUUGGAGACUCAAAGCUACGGGUUGUUAGGGAGGAUGAUGGACCAUGCAUGUAUUGAAAAAGUCAAGAUCGCUUAAAGUGGAGAUAUGUGUUUUUUAUCAGACAGUGACGAUAUAGUAAAAUACUUUCACAUGAACAAAACAGGAUGACGACAAUCUUGAAGUCCAUGCCACCUUUCUAAAUAACAACAUGAAUCACCACCAAUAUCUUUGACCAAUAGGAAUCGAGUAUUUAACCCAGGUGCAUGGUUAGCAGGUUAAGCCAGGUUAAGCAAUUUUGGACCCAAAACCGACCCCUGUGGGGCUCCACACUUAACAUUCAUAAACUCAAGGAUAAAACCAGCAACCUGUACAAACUGUUUUAAAGUUUUUAACUAACUUCUUAGACAUUUGUGGGUAGAGACAGACUGUACAGAGGAGGAGAGUUUCAAGCAUACGGCGUAUUUAUGGUGCAUACAUCAGAAGCAGCUUCGGACUUCUUUAAUUUUGCCUCCCUCCAUUCUCACUGCUGAGAGCUGUUGGACCUCCAUAGGCGCAUGUGCAGCCGAAAGUUGGACCGCCGGAAAAUAAGGUGAUCUCACCAGCAAAUUUUCACGAACUUUUACAGUAUGAAAUCAACAGACUAGGAUAGGUUGAUGUUUCCACUCGCACUCAAGAGUUUAUCUGAAAAGUAUCAGCGUGGAUUUACUCCACUCUAUAACAACAAACCGUGAUCAGUGUUCAGUUUUUUCCCUUUUAUGAAACCCACAGUGUGUUUUUUGUUUCCGAUUAUUUAGUGUGUUUUCUCGAUUAUAUGUGGUAUAUCAUAAAGUAAAGGUGUGUGUGUGUUUGUGCAGUCUCGUUCACACACACAUGCCAGGGGAAUGCCCUGAGAAGCCUGGCUGUGUAAUUGGUGUACACAGAGUGUGCUAAUGAGCUUCCUCCUCUGUCACGCACACCCGAACACCUGAUAGAUAAUUACACCUCCCUCUCUCCCUCUGUUUCCUGCUCUGUCCCUUCAUCUCUGCACCCCCAUCUGUCCCUUCUUUCACUUCCUCUUUGCCUCUUGCUGCAUCCUCCCCUCCACCCCGUUCUCUCCUGCUCGUCUGUAUUUCGUCCUACCGCUGCGUCCCCUCGUCCCCGCACAAUGUUCUCGUAGUUUUCGGAGACGACAGAGUCAAAAUGGAGGAGACGGUGGAUCAGUGAGGGACAGUCAGAGCAGCACAAGGGCACAGAGAGCCGAGAGAGUGAGUGGAAAUCAAUGGGAGCCGGUAGGAGAAGGCCUGCGUCCAAUAAGCCCAUACUUCAUUCAGAAUAACCGAUAGCUCAAAGAGUCCAGGCUAUCAAUCUCUCUCUGCUGCGGUGACGGCUGCAGAGGAAGACGUUCCCCCUCACUCUUAUCAUAAUGAAGACACUCUGCUCCUUUACUGUUUGCUGCUGUCCCAGAGAGGACGGGCUCCGUCUGAGGAGCAUCAGACGAGUUUUUGAAGACCUCAUAAAGAGCUUUCUAGAUUAUGUACAUUCAUUUCAGUCCUGAUUAAUCUCUAAAGUUUUAAUUUGAUAAAAUUUGUUGAAAGAUACAGUGUGUAGAAGUGGAAGGAGUAUUUAGCUGUCUGAUUCUAGUCUGAAAUGCUCCCUUGCUCACCCCUACUGUGGCCUUCAAGUGCAAGAAUCUCUGUGUUCAGCACCUGUAAUUGUUUAUUAGACCAAACCCACAAAUCCCUGAUGGACAUUUGACACUCCUUACACUCGUAAACACUUUACAGCCCACUCAAAAAUAAAUAAUACCCAUUCAUUCCUUACCAAAAUAAUAAACUUCAUUUGUGUAGCACCUUUCUAAAACAGUUGUCACAAAAAGGGUUAGACAACAAGACAUAAAAAUCAACAAAAAGUACACUUGUAGCCAAAGUCCUGGUUAUACAAAGGCAAGUGUAAUCAAAUGGGUUUUCAACCUUUUUUUGAAAGUAUCCACAGUGUCCACAGUCCUCAGUUCUCAAGGGAGAGAGUUCCAAAGUUUCUUCACGUCUUUUAAUCUUUUAAUCUAUUUUAGUACAGUGUAGGGUUACAUCAGCGUUGGCCUUCUUUAAAACAGUACUUUAAGCUUAAAAGGUUACUUUAAAACAUGAUAGAUACUUUUAAAGUUUUAAUUCGAUUUUACAGUAAUUUAUAGAAUGUAUGAAAUUAAAGUAAUCUGUUCUUAUUUUGGUGCCGUGUGAGAGUUUAAUGAUUGAAGCAGGUUUUAUUGUGAUGUAGUACACAAAGAGGAAUGAAAUCAGCUGUUCAGGUCCCGGUUAAAAAUAGCAAAUAAACAUAAUAGACAAAAACUCUGUUAUAAAAUUUAUAUCACUAUAAAAAUAAAGUUUAUUACUUACAAAAAAGACUUGAUACAUAAAGCACAAGCAUAAUAGGCCUAUUUUAUCAGCCCAGUGGGGUCGCUGCAGCUUCUUUUAGCUGCUUUUUGAUUUGCCGUUUGCUUUUGCUUUCUUCUAUUUGUUAGAUAACCUGUAAAAACACCCCUUUAAUUCCGCCAGCUGAACUUGAAUGUCUCCUGCUAUAAGAAACUCGUCAUCAGAUGUUUAUUUAGACCUGACAGGUUGAUUAUUCUAACAUUGAGUGUUUGGAUAUAGUUGAGAAAGGUCCAUUUAAAGACCCCGAUAUUAAUUAUACUUCAACAAUUGUGCAAAUACGUGUCCUCUAUCACAUUUUAGGCUUUUUACUGGAUUAUUUCUGAAAACAUUAAUAAGUUAUUAAAAACAGAGCUUUUAUUUCCACCGGUGAACUGGUCCUUUAAGAGCUGAUAGUUUCCCUCACAGUGUUUUUGUGAAUCCCUGCUCUACAUACUUUGAAUAACACCCUGACACACUAAUUGAUCUGAUCAGAUACACCCACUGAGAGCUUAUUGUCGAGGUCUCUCUGCAUUAACUGUGAUGUGUGAGGUGACCUCCAUGCAGGACACUCUCUUCUGCUCUUAUCUCCCCAGAGAGAGAGGCUCUAAUCUGGGGAAGAUUACACAGAGUCUCUGCCCCCCCUGGAGGAGACACAGUUUGGGGUUCAUUUGUGGGAAUAAUAGAUUUUAAUCUGAAAACUAUGAAUUAAACAGUGGUUUGGUUAACACACUGACACUCUCUCUGUUUAACAAAUCAACAGCCUGCCUUCAGUCUGUUUCAAUCCCUGCACUCCCUGUGUUCACCAGCAGGGUGCAGCACUGCUUUUCCCAAGCAGGCGCAGAGCUGGAGCAGGGGGUUGGGGGUGGGGGGGGUGGAUGCCACUGAAACACAAGAAAUUGAUUGCUGGAAAGGAGGAUGGCAAUAAAUCAAGCAGGAAAGCAAAUGUAGAAAACGCUGUUCUUGUUUAUGUCUAAACAGGCGGAAUAGAAUAAAUGUGCUCUAUUUUUCAGUCCGUUUGAAAGCAAAUUUGAUCGAAUUUUGCAUGCAUUGCCAAUCUGUCUGGUUAGAGACUAAUUUUUCUAAAAAAAAAAAAAAAAAAGGGAAAGGGAAAACCUGAGCUGGUUGAUUUAUACGCUUUGCUUUCUCUUUACCUUACUCUUUGAUUUAAUUAAAUUACACUGAAUCCUCCUUUUUUCCUGUGAAGUUGAAUCCUCGUUCCUAUUAAAAAUUUAAUUGACUAUCAUUUAUAUUCCUGCUAAUUAAACGUCUGCUCUCCAUGUUAUAGAUUGCUUUAUCUGGCAGUGUGGUUUAUGAUCUAUUUUCAGAUCCACCUGCUGUAACGUAUGCAUGUUAACCAUCCUUUAAUCCUCUCUUCCUCUCCUCAUAUUCACCCUUUUUCUUCUUCUCCUUCAGCCUCCAUGCUUUCUUCUUCCUUUCCUUUUCUUCUUGUCUGGCGUGUGAUUGCAGCGCUGCAGCUCAUCCGUAUGCUGGAGCUCUGCAGAUGCAUGGAGGGUUCCUGCUUCUAAUUGGGGCUAAUAGCAGUGGCCAUCUGCCUGGUCUGAACCUGCUCACAGAGUCUGGCCGGGUCUCGCUGACCACUCUGUUGAAGGACACUCGUCCACUUGUCCAGAUGCCCAAGAGCAGCCAGAGUAGAGUGUCAAUAUCCAGGAACAGCCACAACAUUUAAGGCCCAGAGUUUCUGAAUCUGUGAAAACAUUCAUGAGCUGAAUUCAUUUCUGUGCCCAACAAGGACCUGAAAGGUUUACUAACAGUCUCUGGACCCCCUAAAACUCAGAUUAGACCCCAGCUGUGUAGUUCAGGGUCUUGUCAACUAAUAGUAAACAGAAAUGAUACAGUCUGAAUGACAUAGAUCCAGUCUGGUAUGAUAUGAUAUAAUCAAACAGUUCAACACAAUAAGAUCUGAUGACACUGUAAUAAGAAAUAUUAGAGGUGCACAUGAUUCAGUACAGAACAGAGCAAAACAACAUGAUUCAGUGAAAUAUGAUGUGAUACAACAGGAUACAAAAAAAACUGAUAUGAAAACAGUAGACUUUAGUAUGAUACAAUUCUAUACAGAACAACUUGACAUGAAAUAUCACAAUACCAAAAAAACAGAAUCAAAAUUUUCUGAUAUGGUUCAUUGAGAUGGUGUAAUAUUAUAGAUUAUCUGUUUGUUACAUUAAAAUACAGAAAAAUACAAUUAGAUAUGAUACAUUAUAAUACUAUACAGUAUGAUGCAUUAAGAGAAGAUUCCGGAACUGUUCGAUACAAUAUGAUAUGAUACCAGUCAGCGCAGUACAAUUCGAUGUGAUACAAAGUAAUACAAUACAGUGUUAUGCAGAAUGAAACAUGUGACAAGAGGAUACAAUAUGAUACUAUUCAAAGUAUUGUUAUACAAUAACAUUGUCAAACGAUACAAUAGGAUUUGAUGUGAUACAAUUAAUUACAGUAUGACACAAAGUAAUAGAAUACAGUAUAAUGCAGAAUGGAACAUCUGAUAAUAGGAUACAACAUCAUACAAUUCAGAUUAAUGUUACAUUGUCACAUGAUACAAUGGGAAUUGAUGCGAUACAAUUAAUUACAAUAUGAUAUGAUACAGAGUGGUACAAUGUUAUAUGAUAUGAUCAACUCAAGGCGUAUAGAAUAGAUAUGUUAAGAUACAGAUUUUGAACAGCAAAUACCGACUACAGGGGAUCUGGUUGGUCGAUAUUUUAUGUCGAUAUCUCGGUGUCCAAUUUUUUGUUUGUUUGUUUUUGAUUUGCCGAGCUAAAGUGAACAUUCCACUAAAUAAUAGUAAUAAUAAUACUUUGUUAUAUAGCACGUUUUAAUACAAGUAAUAAAGUGCUUUACUGUGUGCUAUUGAAACAGAAAAAGAUUUUUUUUUUAAAGAUAAACAAUAAGCAGGAAAAUAGAUAUAUAAACAUGAAAUAGGAGCUUGAAUGUGAUUAAAUAAAAAAAUAAAUAACUCAGACAAAAAUUGUCACAUGUGACUUUAAGAUUUCUGUCUGGCUAUCUCUGGAUUUAUUAUGAUGGAAGAAAGAACAAGUUAAUUAUUGUGGUUACAUAAAAAAAAAAAGAUCUCAUGUAACGAUCAGGAGCUAGAGGUUGUUUUUUAAUUUUAUUUGCUGUCAUUAUUUGGUCAUAAAAUGAAAAACGUAUUAAUCUUAUCUUGAAACUCUGCAUGUGUCUGCGACCUGCUAACACCUGGUCUCCUGGUCCUGUUUCUGAUUCUUACCCAGUCCAAACUCUGAAGGUCAGAUUCUCUGCUGUUUGUGCAGAAUCAGGGGUUAACAAUUAAAGCCUGAAGAAAACACCUGAACGGUUAAAGACUGUAGAUUGUAAACGUAGAUUCAGUGUGUUUUCUCACCUAGAUGCUUCUCGAGAUGAUCGGCUUCAGUUGUGUGUGGAUUUUUACUGUUUCGUAUGUUCAGAGGUUUAAAUGUGCUUGCUUAAGGUCAAGUCCCGCUCUCUCUGCUGCAGAAUCAUCGUCCUCUCUGCAUGAGGUUGAAUGUAAAGGUGAAGCCCGCUAUGUGCUCACAGUGGCAGGGUGGAGGAGAGGCAGAUGGCACACACAAGCUCUCCACACUGAGGAGAAUCACAGAUAAUUGGAGAGCGAUGCUUAGCCGCAGCCCUGCCGAUCGAUGCCAAUCCGCCUGCUCUAAGUCCAGGGGUUAUGCUUUGCUUUUCUUUCCAUACACUGCAAUUAAUCCAGUGUUUAGCCCGGUAUGUGAAGAGCACAGGAGAAUACCAAUGACCCGUUUAAGGCCCUGCUUGUCCUUUAAUCUUCCUUUUCUGUGACCCUAAAAUGCACCGCUGUUGUGUUAGAUCUGGAUGUAAGGCGGAUCUGCUGCCACAAACGGUGGUGUGAGGAAACUCUGCGCUGAGAAAUCAAACACAAUCAAAACAUGCUCCUGGUUUUGUGUGUUUUUUUUUUACACAUGAAGAAAAGCCCACAGCGGCGUCUCCUGAGACAGAAUGAAAGCAGCCUCAGGGUAGUGUUAACUGGCUGAGUAAAUGAUAGAUUUAUAUCCUAAAUCCAUUAGCAAAGCCACAGGGACCACGGAGACACCUCAGGCUACUGACAGGGGGGUAAAAGAGGAGCUGGUGGAACUGGACAGAGAAUUAGCAUGUGUGUUUACAUGUUUUUACCUGUUAAUCUUAAGUGGAAACAAAAAGUAUGAUAUUAUCUGGCUGAAUUAGGAUAAUCGCUAUUUUUAAAAUCUAAAUUAACACUAAAAUGAAACCUCUACUUAAGGACAGGUGCUCAAAUUCAGGCUGAUUCUUAUUUUUUGUUCAGGUUUGAGGUCUGACUUUGAAAUCAGCUUGAUCAAAUCACAGCCUGAUCUGCUGCCACAGGAUGAAUUUCUGACAUGUUAGAGAUUUGUGGAGUCAGCUGACUCCACAAGCUUAUCUAAUGUCAUUUUUAUUCCUGAUUGCACCUGAGCAGCAGCUGAGAGUACAGUAGUAACUCGAGGUGUGUAAUCCAUCAUCUACAGUAAUAUAAUAAUGUUGUUUUAACAAAAUGACAAUUACAAGUGAGUCACUCGUUUUGCAAAAUUCAAUUAAAAGACGCCUCCAGAGCCCAGAUAAACAAAACCCUGUUUAAUCACUAACUGCUCCUUUAAAGUUUUUGAUCAGUUUCUUUAUUUUUCAUCAUUUUGAGCGACUCCCUUUCUCUGCUCUAAAUAAAGUUUUAAGAUCAGUUUAGAGACAGAUAGAGGCGGAGGAAGAUCCUGGAAUCCUACAUGAGUAAAUCUAUAUGGACGCACUCCUCCUGAACUGUCUAAAGAAGAGAGUUGGGAGUAGAGAGGUUGGUAUUUUUGAGUAGGGAUUAAUCCUGCUGUUGAAUGGCUGUUUCCUGCUGAAGUGGCUAAUAUUUUAAUUAAGCCUGAGGAGGACUCUCUCUCUCCUCCCUGAUAAACUCCCUCUCCUCUGUUGAUGGUAAUUUAGCAGCUCCCCUGAGACUCACCCAGACGCACUGCUGUUUGUGAGCCAGAGCUGUUUCAUUGUGCAUGCACAGACCCCCCCUUUAACGUGUGCGUGCUAAUUGGUGGACGUGCUAGCUGCUCUUGCCAUGCAGCACGCUGCUGCUGCAGCUCUGUGACAUCUCCAGUCCACAGGCCAUCCUGCGGGAGCUCUUCAGUCAGGCCUAAGUGGGGCUCUUUGUGGGCUGUUUGUCAGGCCUAAGCGGACUGCCACGGGGGGUCUUUGUUGCAGGGAUGUAGUGCUAAAUGGAGGCAGAUGGUGGGGAGUUAUCCGUGUGAGACUCAGGGCUGCGGAGGAGGCUCCGUCGCCCCCCUCAAAGAGGGUCACGCUGGGUCAUAGCCCCUGUCUGCCUCUUGUUAGCGCUCUCAAAAGUGGACCAUGUGGGCCCAGAUUUGGCCCUGAGUCUGCAGGGAUGGUAUCCAAGGAGACGGUGGUCCUGAGGGAGCUGGUGGGAUGGGGCAUCCAGAGGCUCCCACACCCUCAUAGACACCCAGAGUCCAUAAAAGCGGGCUCAGCUCUGUUUGACUGGCAGGGAGGGCGUGUCUGAUCCUUAAUAGAUCUUUAGUCAGCAGGAUAAUAGACUGUCUGUUCCUCUGCUGGCUGUAUUUCCUCUCACAUCCUCUCCUCUCUUUGUCAAACUCACUCAUUAAGAGUAAUUACAAGGUGUAGGGGGGGUUUCAAUCCUGACGAUUUAUGAGUUUGAGAAAGAAAUCGGCAGGGUUCGGCACGUAGCGCAGAUUUCUCAGGGCUCGACAGUGCGACCGUUUCACUCACAUUUGCGACUAAAAACAGAUGUGUGCGAAUUGUAAAAUGUAUUUCGGGGCACAUGUGCGAUGAAAAAAAUUAGCAGAGGAAACAAAUGUUUUUACAUAUUAAUACUGCAGUGAAGUUAGUUUUCGGUUGGAUAUCCAACAGACAUUCACUGAGGAUCUACCAAUGUCUUCUAACUCUCCAUAACUGGUUGUAGCAACAGCAGCGGUGACACUGUAGCAACGCGGUUGAAUCGGCAUCCUCACUGUCAAUGAUGGGUGUUGAAUAAGGGACCAUCAAAAAAUUACUGGUUGAUGUUCUCAAAAAAGGCUGUUUUCCUUCAAAAGUUUCCAUGUCAUGUGACCAAAAUAACUAAUAUUGAUUUCAAAUAAUAGUGCUUAUGUCAACCAAUAAGACACACAUUAUUUGAUCAAUUUUCAUUGUGCCUCUAAAGUUCUUUGUGUGCUCCUAACUUUUUUUAACUUGUGAAAAAAGUUAGUGUCAAGCCCUGUUUCUUAUGUUUGUUUUUAAAGGGCACUCACUGUUUGUUUUCCAUGAGCUGGUGAUUCAUGUUGAAUACACGAGUCACAUUCAGAUGUUUGAUAUUAAAAAAGUUAUUGAGAGAAUACAUUUAAUGAAAAAAAAAAUCACUGCAAAAAUUUAAAUGUUUUCUAAGUGACUUAUCAGACGACACCCACAGCCUUCAAAAAUGAGGCAAAAAUUCAGGUUGUUUUACUCUGUAUAUCGACAUCAGUCUGUGUUGUGGUUUUGUGAUUCUGACCCCCCCCCCCCCCCCCCUCUCUCUCUCCUGUAGGUUUGCUGGGCGGACGAUCAGCAGUGGAGCUCUGGUCUUGGUGUCCCUGGAGCUGAAGGAGUCCCCCGCCGCCCUGCUCACCAUCAACACAGAGAAGAGCGUCAUGGCGUCCAUGUUGCUCCGAGACCUCAAACAAGCACUUGCCCAGGCGUAGAAACCCCUCCCUCUCUCCUUCUCAUCUCCUCCUCCCCCUCCUCCUCUCCUUUCCUCUCCCAUUAGUCCAGGUAAAGAAGAUCAUCUCACAGAUUUUAAUUCUGCAGUUUAGGACGAUUCAGGUGGUUUUUCUCCAAAACACAAACCUCAGAGGAGAAGAGCUGAAAUUUGACGUAGGAAUUAAUUUGUGAAAGUCAUUAAAAACAAAAGAAUAAGAGAGAUGAUUAAAAAUUCAAUUAUAUGUCCUUUAAUUUCCAUCACGAAUCAGCUGUUUGGACUUCAGUGUUUAUUUUUGUUACAGUCAAACAGCUGAUCAAAGGUAAGGGAGAAGACAGACUCACUUUCACUGUCCUGCUACAGUAAAAUGAGUCUCUGACGCAUCAGUGUUUGACUAGAUUUUAUUAACUUUAAUGUUCAAAACCUCAAGUGUCAAAAUAAAAAGACUCCUUUCCCUCUUGUAGUCCCUGUCACUGAUGUAGUUUUACAUUCCAGACCCCUUAAACCCCGUCUUUCAAAGUGCCUUCAAGAGAAAAUAAUGUUAUUUAGAAAAACCAAACGUACUUUAGUCGUAAAUCAAACAGGUCUUUUUAUCUGUCUCGCCUUGUGCCGAACAAUAAAAAGUGAAUUUAUCAAAAA